AUGUCAAAGACUGAGCUGGUGCUGUUUGGACCCAACCAGAACCGACUGUGUGUGUGUGUGUGUGUGCUCGCAGUGCCUCUCCUCAGGGCACCCAACUGAGCCCAACCAGAACCACACACACACACACACACACACACACACACACACACACACACACACACACACCUCACUGCCUAACCCUGCCUGUUAUCCCUAGACGGGGCAGCCACCAGCCAUCUGGGCCCAGUCAGUCAGUGAGGACCAAGUUCAACUCUCCUACUCUGCCUCUUUCAAGGAAAAUGCUAAAGUUCCCCCCUCUUUUGUGCUAAUCUCAUCCCCAGGCUAUUGUGCAUUUGGGCACAAGAUUGAUUGUCAGGCUUGUCUGCACAAAAGUAAUCUCCCUUUUCUCUCUCUUUCUACCAAUCAAUGAAUCAAUCAACCAAGCAAUAUAUUUGUAUUUAACAAAAAAUACAAUUGUAUUUUGUAUAGUGCUUUAGGAGAUUCCUCACAAAGCGCACCAACAUGUAUUUUUCUUUCCCUCUCCUUUUCUCUCUCUCCUUAUCCUCCUUUCCUCAAUCUCUCUCUCCCCUGCGGUAGUGUUUAAUCCUGAUUUCCUUAGGGAUUGUGGCUAACAGGAAAGGUUUUGGGAAUGUUUGUAUUGAGUCUGCCCUGAGCUCGCUCCUCAGGCUGUGAUGUGAUGGUUGGCAUGCUGGGUGGCACAUGCCCACGCUGAUGCCAAGCUAAGCACUGAGAGAAAGGGGCUGCCCCUAGAGCUGUGUGCCCAUGGCAGCCGGAGGAAAUGGGUUUCAUCUUAACUGUGCACACACACUUAACUACACACACGCGCGCACAUAUAUGCAUGGCACACACACACACAGUUUUCUCAAUGAUUAAAUGUGUGUUAGAAAGAUGAGUUCAUACAUUACACCGAGCCCAGACCACACACUUGCACCAAGAUGUUGAUUUUGGGGUGUGUGUGUGUGUGCGCACACGUACGCUCAUGUUUGAGUUCGGUGUGAAAUCAGGAUGCUGGUAUUUCUCAAUAGGCUGCAGGGGGUAUAUGUAGCCAGUGCGGUCAUCUUCUUCUAAAUCUCUACUCUCUCUCUCUCUCGCUGCCUUUGAGGGCAACACACAAGCUGCACACACAUACUUGUGGUUACUCAUGCUUGCUCAUACACUUGCUCAAUUAGACAAAUUACUAGCACUCAAAGAUUUUCCAUCUCUCCCUCACUUAUACAUGACAUGACGAACCACUCACACAAGAAGCAUUGUUAUCCAGAGCGACUUACAAUUAAGUGCAUUAUACAUCUUAAAAUAAUAAAAUAACCACAUAGUACAACCAUCCUUUAGGAAAACCUAGUUUCCUAGAAGUCCCAAAUCCGUCUCUCACGAGUCCAUAAUAGGUCUAGCUGUAGAUUUCCCCUACCACCCUGGCCUACACAAAGGUUUGAGUGAGAGCUUUGAGUGAGCUUUAGGGUAAUUACAGGGUUGUGUGUAGAGAGAGAGAGAGGGACGGAGCGAGAGAGAUCUGUGAUAUCUCCUAUCAGCCCUCAGGCAUUGAAAUCAGACACCUUCUCUAAUCCCCCUCUGUGGUUCUCCCCUGCACCACCCCUCCAGGCCUCACAAACACGCACAAAAACAGAACAGAACACACACAGGGACACACACACACACACACACACACACAGGGGCCUCGUAGAGAGCAAGGUGUUCCACCCUGUUGUGUAACACAGUGACACAGUGAGUUCAUGGAAAAAUAAGAAUUAAUUGGCCAUCUCUGCAAUGGGGCCCAGGUUAACCCCUCUGCCCUACACUACAUUAAUCUCCCUGCUUUGUCAAACGUCAUUGUUUGCAUAUUCAGGAGAGCAAGAUGUAUCUUUCAGCCAGCUGUCAGUCAUGCAUUUCAUUGUAUGAUAAUCAGUCAUCUUCUUGCUUCAAUUUCAGCUAUACACAAGCUGUUCACCCUGACACGCACACUUGAGUUGACCUCAGAUGUCACACUUUGACCCUUGACCCAGAGCAUAUGAAUUACCAUGUCAGACUCUGAUUCGAAGUCCUCUGUGGAUUUGGUAUUGUUCGUCUAGGCGGGAGAGGGCCUUUGGGGAUCAGAGGGUGUAAGCAGACGUGUGUGUGUGUGUGUGUAUGUAGAUUUUGUGUGGAUGGCGUGUGUAUAAAGGGUUGGUUGGGGAGGACUGAGAUCUUGGGGUGUGUAUUAGGGACAGGGCUGACCCCAUUUAGUAGAUUGUUUGGUCGAUAGGCUGUUGGUCGACCAAUAUAUUUUUUUGUUGAACUGUCGCAAAUUGAUAUUUUUUUUCGUGGCACACGAGUCACCUGUCUGAUUCAUGCCUGUCUCAGUGGACUAAUCCAUUGAGGAGGCCGCAGGGAUGCCAAGGUCCAAGAAGAAGGGGAGUGUGGCUAAGAUGCACGUCUCUCUCCAGAAUGCGCGCUCUUCUGCCAUUUUGUGCAGAUUAAUUGUGUGAAUUGUUUGCCCUUUGAUUGUUAGUGUCUAUCAAUUCCCCUCUACAUAUAUCACCAGUAGUAGCCUACAUUUACCAUUAAUUCCCAUAAUUUCUAAUCGACAAUGUUUGUUUGGUUACGGUAAUUUCUGUUAAUGCAUUCAAUACAUUAUUAUUAAGGUCGUUUACCGUUCUCAUUGUCAGAGUGGACACGUUGUUUGCAGAGCUCACAACCUAUGCUGCUCUUGUGAGAAACAAGUUUUGGUUUAUUUCAUUCCAUUUACGAGUUUUGUCAAUUUAUUCACUUUGUUUGGAGCGCUCCUGUCAAUGUGCAUAAUACAUGUAUCUAACAAAAAGGGCUAGAGUAGAAGUAGGACUAGGCUACCUGGCCUGCGUGCAAGUGUAGGCCUAUAAAUGUGCCCAUUUGGGGGAUAUCUGAUUUAAUAUUUCUGAUUGUCUUAACUCACUACCACUAAUGAGCUGUGGAGCUUCUCAAAGUGUUUUUUUCUUCACCUCAAACAGCAAGUAAACAAAGUAUGUUUUAGAAUCCAUUGAGAAUGACAAUAGGUCCUCAAUGUAUUUGAAAAAUAUUUCCAGCGCUCUCCCUUUCGAUAACCACUCGGCAUGAAAGGGAGACAUGUAAUGCUCUGAUCCAGUGGAAACGUCAUUAAAUACCUGAUUACUUCUUAUCUCUUGCACAAAUAGCCUACAGCUUUCUCUGUCCCGAGCUCACUGGCGUGGGAAACUCCUGAGGUAGGGGUGUGCAGACAUGGCCAUACUCGUAUUCGUAAUCAUAUCUGUAAAUUGACAGUUGAUAGUCAGAUCGGAUGAUACUAAUGAUCAGAAAAAAAGUGAAGUGUUUUAAUAUGCCUAAGUAGAUGUUGGCUAAAUACUUCCUUGCACAUUCUCACAGCAAAGUUUGCUGUCACUCAGUCAGAAUGCCAUCAGCGUUUAAUUUUUUGUUCUACUCUUGCCCUUUUUGUUAGAUACAUGUAUUAUGCACAUUGAUAGCUUGAUAGCAAACGUCCAUGUGAUUUAUCAUAGUAGCAGGCAGCAGCAUUCUAAAUGUUUAGUCCAAAAACAUGAAAGGAAAACUGAUCGGGUGAAAUUGUCAAGCGAGUGGACAGAGAAAUACAGCUUCACUCUAUCCAAUCAGAGCAGCAGGAUCAACGUACAGCCCGCCCUUCUCUUUACAGACAACCAGUUGAGUUAUUUAGACCACGUAGAGCCUCUCACAGGACUGACUGACAUGAGAAAGAUGUGUGCUGGCACCUGAACAUAAUUUUUUUCCCGAUCACGGAUAAUUACAAAAAAUACUCUGAUCAUAAUUAUAUCCAGAAAAUUGCCCAUAUCCGUUACGAUACUCAUUUUGUCCGACUACUCGGCUCACUCCUACUCUGAGGGCCCAGAAUAUUUUACAUUGUUGCAAGUUUGCUAGUGCGAACUUCGGGCCGGACACAGUUGAUAGUUGGUUGAUUAAAUGUUUCAAGUUCAUUGCGGACAGGCCAUGCAUAGCCAAUGUGAUUCAUAGGAUACUUAUUUUUAUCAGGAUAUUUUCUGCCUGCAUGCUGCAAUGUUUUUAUUUGUUGGCUUUAUGUAGGCAAUUUUUACAUAGUUGGCAAUGGCAAUAGAAGUUACUUUUAGACUUGUAUAAUUUUCAUUUAGAUAGAAUUUAGAUUAACCUCAUGACAGUGAUUUUGAGAUACAAAGACUAUUAUAAAUUUAAGAAACUGUUCCACGAAAAUGUGCAUAUGAAAAUCAUAACUGGCAUGCAGAUCGGUAGAAAUUGUAAGAUAAAUUGGCAUUCCAAAUGGAAAAGGUUGUCGACCCCUGGUGUAGCCUAUUACCGGCCACUUCGGGAGCAUAAUGGCAGAAUCUGCCAUUGGGUUGGAAACAGGUUUUUUUCUUCUGGUUAGGCCAUCCUGAUCUCUGGCUCCCUCUUGAGUCUUAAUAAUUUAAUCAAACAACGUGCUUAAAGCAUCAGACAAGCUCAGUACAUAUAGUAGAUUUGAAUAAAACACAUAGGGUGUGACUAUAUAUGGGAGAACACACGGUAAAAUUUUUUCAACCAAUCGAUUGGUUGAAAGAAAGACGACUCGGUCGACCAAGGUUUUUUUUUUUGACAGAGACAGCCCUAGGGAAGUUAACCGUUAAUUGGUUAGCCGGCAAAAAUAGAUUUCACCGGUCGUGCUUAUCGGUCUAAAGGUUAAUUUGCAUAAUUUAUUGGAAUUAAAUUGGCAAGUUAGUCGUCAUGUACAGUGGGGGAAAAAAGUAUUUAGUCAGCCACCAAUUGUGCAAGUUCUCCCACUUAAAAAUAUGAGAGAGGCCUGUAAUUUUCAUCACAGGUACACGUCAACUAUGACAGACAAAUUGAGAAAGAAAAAUCCAGAAAAUCACAUUGUAGGAUUUUUUAUGAAUUUAUUUGCAAAUUAUGGUGGAAAAUAAGUAUUUGGUCACCUACAAACAAGCAAGAUUUCUGGCUCUCACAGACCUGUAACUUCUUCUUUAAGAGGCUCCUCUGUCCUCCACUCGUUACCUGUAUUAAUGGCACCUGUUUGAACUUGUUAUCAGUAUAAAACACACCUGUCCACAACCUCAAACAGUCACACUCCAAACUCCACUAUGGCCAAGACCAAAGAGCUGUCAAAGGACACCAGAAACAAAAUUGUAGACCUGCACCAGGCUGGGAAGACUGAAUCUGCAAUAGGUGAGCAGCUUGGUUUGAAUAAAUCAACUGUGGGAGCAAUUAUUAGGAAAUGGAAGACAUACAAGACCACUGAUAAUCUCCCUCGAUCUGGGGCUCCACGCAAGAUCUCACCCCGUGGGGUCAAAAUGAUCAAAAGAACGGUGAGCAAAAAUCCCAGAACCACACGGGGGGACCUAGUGAAUGACCUGCAGAGAGCUGGGACCAAAGUAACAAUGCCUACCAUCAGUAACACACUACGCCGCCAGAGACUCAAAUCCUGCAGUGCCAGACGUGUCCCCCUGCUUAAGCCAGUACAUGUCCAGGCCCGUCUGAAGUUUGCUAGAGUGCAUUUGGAUGAUCCAGAAGAGGAUUGGGAGAAUGUCAUAUGGUCAGAUGAAACCAAAAUAGAACUUUUUGGUAAAAACUCAACUCGUCGUGUUUGGAGGACAAAGAAUGCUGAGUUGCAUCCAAAGAACACCAUACCUACUGUGAAGCAUGGGGGUGGAAACAUCAUGCUUUGGGGCUGUUUUUCUGCAAAGGGACCAGGACGACUGAUCCGUAUAAAGGAAAGAAUGAAUGGGGCCAUGUAUCGUGAGAUUUUGAGUGAAAACCUCCUUCCAUCAGCAAGGGCAUUGAAAGAUGAAACGUGGCUGGGUCUUUCAGCAUGACAAUGAUCCCAAACACACCGCCCGGGCAACGAAGGAGUGGCUUCGUAAGAAGCAUUUCAAGGUCCUGGAGUGGCCUAGCCAGUCUCCAGAUCUCAACCCCAUAGAAAAUCUUUGGAGGGAGUUGAAAGUCCGUGUUGCCCAGCGACAGCCCCAAAACAUCACUGCUCUAGAGGAGAUCUGCAUGGAGGAAUGGGCCAAAAUACCAGCAACAGUGUGUGAAAACCUUGUGAAGACUUACAGAAAACGUUUGACCUGUGUCAUUGCCAACAAAGGGUAUAUAACAAAGUAUUGAGAAACUUUUGUUAUUGACCAACUACUUAUUUCCACCAGAAUUUGCAAAUAAAUUCAUAAAAAAUCCUACAAUGUGAUUUUGUGGAAUUUUUUUCCUCAUUUUGUCUGUCAUAGUUGACGUGUACCUAUGAUGAAAAUUACAGGCCUCUCUCAUCUUUUUAAAUGGGAGAACUUUCACAAUUGGUGGCUGACUAAAUACUUUUUUUCCCCACUGUAUCUUUAUCACACGCGCACAGCUUACAGAGUCUAGUUUGAGGAGUGGAAUGGCCUAUCACCUGUCAGACAGCGUGAGAUCAGUUUCUCAAAUAUCUGGUACUAGAGUGAAACGUGCUUUUAUAAGCCCAGUCAUUGCGCAACAAAUAACAAUUCUAAAUGCAAUCGCGUGUUAAUUGUUUUGCAGAUUAAAAAUAACUAUUUUGAUUUCUCAAUCUCAACUCGUAAUUGAAGCGCGCCUCCCAUUCGCCAUUCGAUUGCAUAGGCUAUAGUCAACGGUAGGCAGGCUAUUAGCGCGUCCCCCACCACUUUCCAAUGUGAGUUUGAUGCAGAAUAAUUGAUUGAAACCUGACAAUUUUACUUUACUUCAGAUAAUGAAGAAUGUCUUCAAAGUAGCCUAGCCAAAAUCCAACCAUAGAAAUGUGGAGGCAAUUAUUUUGCAACGACUUCCUCAUGCUAUUAACCAGCAUUUCUCUCCUGUUCUAUUGGUUUUCAUAUCAACUUUCUUUCGUUGUCCAGAAGCCAAAGGCACAAGCCAAAGGCACAAUCCUAGGAAUAUUAGCAGCCCAUCCCAGUUGUUGCUAUUAGAUUCCCCCUCUUUCUAUGUUUCUAACAGAUAUUUUCAUCUCUGUCACAUAUGGAACCGCUGCACUGUUUAGAUCGGUGUCUUCCUGCGAAUUGCAUUUUGGCAAAUGUUUGAAAAUUACGUUUUAUUAGCUGCUUCAUUACAGCAGUUGCAUGUUCAAUAAUAGGCUAUAGCUUUUUGACUGUACAAUAGGCUUGCUAUUGUUGCAUGUUUUCAUUAAACUCUUAAUGAAAAAAAUCUGUUCCUUGAAUGCAUGCAUAGUAUUUUCUGUUGGUCAUGUCAUUUUACUGUUUGGGAAAAAUUUAACCGUUUGUUGACCGGUUAAUGAGGGUAGUUUAGUCAGCAGCAAAAUGUACCUACAUUUGCAUCUUAGUGUGUAUUAUGGUCUCUCUUGAACCCCUAACUGUUGUGUUUUUUCGGUUUGUCUGUUAGAGCUGUCAAACACACCCUGGUAUGAAUGACAGGCUGGGUUCACACUUACGCAUCUCCAUCUGUCUGUCUGCCUGUGUGGCUUUCAGUUACUGCUGCUCUAUACAUAGACGCUGGCUGUGUCUAAAAUGGCACCCUUAUGCACUACUUUUGAGCAGGGCCCUAUGGGUGAAUAGGGUACCAUUUCGGACGCAGCCACUGUCACCUCUCAUCUACCACCAUUACAUGACAUGUCAUAUCACCUAUCAAACACAGUGCCUAAAGUUUCCCCAAGUUAUUAGUGUGACAAGGCAGGCCUCCUAGUUGAGACAUUUGGCUUCAGUGGGUUUCAAUUGAACACUUAUGUGAUCCUAUCGCUGCCACCAAAUGUAGCAAACAGUUGGAAGCCCUCAUGUUGCUUUGGGAGGCUUUUAUGUGCAAGAAAUCAAAUUGGUAAUGAAAUUGGUAGACAACGACCCCCCCCCCCCCAGCCGCCACGACCCCUGGCUGGCUGACAUACUUCACCUCUGACCCCAGGGGCCUGGCUGGUCUAUAUGAAGCCCUCGUCUGUCAUCAGAGGUACAGAGCAGAGCAAGGAGACACCAGCUAGUGCCUACCACAACCCCACAUGCCCUGACACAUUACAGGGGGGUGGGGUGGGGGGGGGGGACACAGUCUGUGUGGUUUGGGGGUAGGUCUGGGGGUGUGUGAGGGUUGAGGAAAAGGGGGUGUGGAGGAGUGGAGGUCAGGGACGCUGAGACAUGAGGACGUUUAGUGACGAGGUUAGAGUUGAGAGGCCAGGGCUCGGGCUGUUUUUAAUGAUGAGACUGCUAUACGAUUAGGACGACCUUUGAUUAGGAGUUUUCAGCCAUAGACCGAGUCCUUGGGAUGUAGACUAGGCCAACACAGUUGCUCUGUAAACUGGUAUCUGAUCUGAUGUGUUAUACGAUAUAAUACCAGCAGUAGUAAUACAUUUGACUUGUACAUGUGCUGGAAAUCACCUAGAGGGAGUGUUUUUUUUUUUUACGUCAGAUUAUUUUCCUAAGAGAUGGGCGGGUACUGUCAUCAGAGCUGGUUUGGACUUGGAUAGAGUAGAGGCCUCACUGUCACUGAUAUAAAGCACUGUUGUCAAAUUACAUUUUUACUCUUAUGAGCACCCCACCAUUCUACCACAGUCACAGAAAAUAGCCUGUCCCUGUCUCAGCUAGAUACCUGGUACUCUGUAGCUCAGCUGGUAGAGCACGGCGCUUGUAACGCCAGGGUAGUGGGUUCGAUCCCCGGGACCACCCAUACACAAAAAUGUAUGCACGCAUGACUGUAAGUCGCUUUGGAUAAAAGCGUCUGCUAAAUGGCAUAUUAUUAUUUUAUUAUUUAGAUGAGACUCACACUUGAUGUUCAAUCAUCUGGGCAAAGUGUUGCUCUGAAGAGGCCUUAAGCAGGAUUCCAUGCAGUGUGUGUACACUUCUCUGCUUCUCCUACUGAGUCUGAUGGCUGUGUGUGGUGUCUAUUUUUAACGAGGACCUUAACUUAUCUUUUCAGUGUCUGUCUGCUCCCUAUUCAACCCCUAAAAGCAUGAGGAAGUUCUCAUACUAAACGCAGCGUUGACCUUGUGUGUGCAUGUCGUGUGUGUGCCUGCGAGUGUUUGUUCAUAUGUGGUUUUUCAUUCAGCCUGUCAUGCACUCUCAGAGGUGGGGGAAGUACAGCCAGACCAGAGUCAUCACACAGUGACACUAGGGACUUUACAUAAAUGACUGUCAUCGUCCUGGCAACCUUACAUACAUACUGCUAGGGCUGCUUGGCGGACAGAAAAUAUCAUCCAUACACUUCCUAGUACAGUAGGUAGGCUACAUGAAAGCAAUAUUCAUUCAUAUCCCUACUAGGUCCAGGUGGAAUUUUGGCAGGCACAACGGUGGUGACUUCACUCUCACUUCCCGUUGGAAAAGAGAGUCAGGAUUUCCUCUUAUAGGCCAACAUAUCUUUAUAUGGAACUACUGUUUGACUUGGGUAGUAGUGUUAAAAUGGCAGCAUAAAGGCCUAGUGACCUCAAUGGGCUGAGUCUAUUGGUGGUCCCCUCCACUUGCUGUAGGUCCACUCAAGGCCAUUACAUUUAUGGAUUGUAAAGCAUGAAUCACACCGAGAAUCUCACUGCCGAUAGACCAAUAGGCACUUAUCACACUGGGAGGCCGUUCCUUCUCUUGCUAGAAAAAAAACGGUACCUGCUGCAUGCCGAAAAAAGAGGGCAUUUUCUCUGUACAUCCACAGUUAAAUGUCAUGAGCCAGUCACACUUCAUAUGCAAUGUAAGCAAUGGGAUGGUAGCUAGCUAAGUGCACAUAUGCAAUGCACACACCACUAAAUACUUCCUCCAAGCUAGCUAACCAAUGUAGCUAUUAUUGACAUUAUAAUUAAAUCACAAUGGAUUUGUUUUCAUGAAGCUGCUGCCUGUGUUAGCAGCCGAGUUAGUUCAGUGUCCUUAGCUAUGUUGUGCUUGCUAGCGAAUAUGCUAAAGUUAGCUAGCUAGCUGGCUAACAUUUGACUAUGGGCUGGCACUGGCAGUAUGGGAUUAUGGAGAGUGGAUUCAAUUCUUGCUAGGUAGUUAUCUAGCUGUGGCCACCUAGCUAGGAUAAACAAUGGCUUUCUACAAAAUAGCAACAUUAGUGCAGCUAGCUAGCAAGCUAACAUUGGAAUCUAGACCAUAAACUAAGGCUAAGCAACACACACGGACAUGCAUUGCCAAGCAACGCUACUGCCACCUUCUGGUUUUGAGUAUUUUAACAAGGCUGAGUGCUUGACGACUUCAAGGUCUUUGCUGUGUGAACACAAAAGAGAUUGACUGCCGACAAUCUGUUCAGAGGUGCUAAGUACUGUCGGCAAGCAAAUGCUUGACAAUCAUACCUGUAGGGCUGGGUGAUAUGGACGAUAUUUUUAAAAUUUUUGGCGGCAUGACGACAGUAUUUUAUGUUUUGGAAAAAUAAAAGUUCUAAAUAUGCUUUCUGAGUAUUCAUGACCCUAGGGUGGCAACACAUACAUUAUAAGUGAUUUCAAUGGGGCUUUCUAAAUUUAUACUGUUCAAUCCAACUCCAAACUCAAAUUAUUUUAAUCAAUUUCUGCAUUUCCUGCACUUUUAUUAUAAUUUCCAUAUGCUGCCACGCGGCAUGAAAUGGGCAAAAAAUCUAGGCCUAGUUAACUGAACUGUUGGAAUCAUGGACAUAUAAUGAUUAUUAUACUUUUAUAGUUGGAAUAUAGUGGGCAGCACAUUUACAUUUAAGUCAUUUAGCAGAUGCUCUUAUCCAGAGCGACUUACAAAUUGGUGCAUUCAACUUAGGAUAGCCAGUGGGACAACCACCCCUGGGGGAGGGGGGGGUGUAGAAGGAUUACUGUUAGACUAUUCCAGAUAUUCCUUAAAGAGGUAGGGUUUCAAGUGUCUCCGGAAGGUGGUCAGUGACUCCGCUGUCCUGUCGUCGUGGGCGAGCUUGUUCCACCAUUGGGGUGCCAGAGCAGCGAAUAGCUUUGACUGGGCUGAGCGGGAACUGUGCUUCCGUAGAGGUAGGGGGGCUAGCAGACCAGAGGUGGAUGAACGUAGUGCCCUCGUUUGGGUGUAGGAUCAGAGCCUGAAGGUAAGGAGGUGCCGUUCCCCUCACAGCUCCGUAGGCAAGCACCAUGGUUUUGUAGUAGAUGCGAGCUUCAACUGGAAGCCAGUGGAGUGUGCGGAGGAGCGGGGUGACAUGAAAGAACUUGGGAAGGUUGAACACCAGACGGGCUGCAGCCUUCUGGAUAAGUUGUAGGGGUUUAAUGGCACAGGCAGGGAGCCCAGCCAACAGCGAGUUGCAGUAAUCCAGACUGGAGAUGACAAGUGCCUGGAUUAGGACCUGUGCCACUUUCUGUGUAAGGUAGGGUCGUACUCUGCGAAUGUUGUAGAGCAUGAACCUGCAGGAUCGGGUCACUGCUUUGAUGUUAGCGGAGAACGACAGGGUGUUCUCCAGGGUCACGCCAAUGUUCUUUGCACUCUGGGAGGAGGACACAAUAGAGUUGUCAACCGUGAUGGAGAGAUCAUGGAGCGGGCAGUCCUUCCCUGGGAGGAAGAGCAGCUCCGUCUUGCCGAGGUUCAGCUUGAGGCGGUGAUCCGACAUCCACACUGAUAUGUCUGCCAGACAUGCAGAGAUGCGAUUCAGCACCUUGAAUACAUUGUUGUUUGACAUGACAACAAAUGAAUAAGCCGGUGAGGAAUUAUUGACAGGGUAGGAACCACAGCUAGCUAGCUAGCCAACAUAUUCAUGCUUCGCCUAUUCCUCUCUGAUAAGAUACCGUUGCGCAAACAUGCUUAGCUAGGCCUACACCAGCACUGGUACCAGGCAGUAUUAGCUAACUAGCUACGUUUGCUCUGAUUCUUAGUACAUUUAGCAAGCAAGCUAGCCAGCUUACUAGCGAUUAGCAUUAGCGGCUAACGCAAAUUAUUUUAGCAACACCUUGCUAAGAAAAGACACACUAGCAAACAUUAGUUUGCAGACAGUAAGAUACACAAACUAAAAUUGUAAUUAUAGAACGCUUGUGGAAAGCAGCAUGUCACCAACAUUGUUGCAUCCAUCUGACCAUGCGGAGUGAACGGCAAGAAAGUGCUCGUGACUCGGUGGACGAGCAACUGCUCUCUCCUUGAGUGACGGAGGAGGGCUUGGUGUGGCUCAAGAAGCAAACAGAGUAAACUAUAAAAACUGACAUUAUACGUGCCAGAGCUGCGUGUCAUAUUUAACAAACCAAACAUUGAAAUACCAUUAUAGAAGGUAAAGUAAAAACUCAAACCGGUCCGUGCAUCAAUACCGGUAUAUAGUAAAAUAUGGUAUACUGCCCAGCCCAACAUGCUAGUGUGUUUUAGCUUUAACACAUACUCACUAGGGCUUAGAAUUGCCAGGGACCUCACAAUACAAUAUUAUCAUGAUACUUAAGUGCUGAUACGAUAUCACGAUCUCACAAUUCUUAAAUGUGUUGUGAUUCGAUACUGCAAGUUUAUUGCGAUUUGAUGUUCCAAAUAUAUUGCUCACUUUAUGUCUGCUGCAGAUAGACGUGAGAGGAUGAGAAAAUGAGUUUUUAUCUGUUAUGGAAAUAAAAGUGAUAAAAACAUGUUGGCUCACUAUUUAAAAAGAAGAUGGAGAACAAUAUAUAAUAUUUUUUUAAUAAUUUUUUUUAAUUGAUACUUGGAGUCAAAGUAUCGAUAUAAUAUCGUCCUAAAUAAUAUUGCGAUAUGUAACUGUAUCAAUUUUUUUCACUAACACACACAUAUACACACACACACAGUCAGAAUCCUUUGGUUCUUCUAUGAGAUGUUAUAUUGUUUGCUGCAUCCCCCGCAAAGACCAUGUACUGUAUACUGCUGGGUCAAUGCAUUGUCUCGAGCUGUAUACAUUGUAACACCUCAGUGUUGUAUUUCUCUGUCUUAAUUAACUCUAGGUGCUGUAUAGACUAAAGAACAUCAACACUGUCUAGCUGUGCAUUCUCUGUGUAAAUGAACUCCCAAAAGCAGAAUGUACUGUAGACUGAACCACUUGUAGUGAUAGUGCAGAAGAGGAAGAGUAGGAGGGAGGAAGGAAGCGAGAGAGGGAUGGCGACCGAGGGAGAAAGAGAAACAGAUUAAACCCCAGUUCCGACAGAGCUUCCUCUUCAGUGAGGAGGCCAAUAGAGGAAGAGGGGGAAAUGUCACCAACGGAUCAACCAUAUUUUUUCUCUCUUUUCCUGUCUUCCCUCUCUCUUCCUCCCUCCAUUCCGCAUCCACCAUCCGGGAUUAGCCUAUUUUGCUGCCCUCAUCUAGACAGAAAAAAGAAAAUACAUUUUAUGUCUGUCUGAUUUCCACUAGUUACCAAAGCCACAAAGUCAAAAUUGGCUAUUGUAAAAAUUCAAGAUUUUACAUAUUAUUGCCCAAUAUCUGUACUAGCAUGUUUUUCUAAAAUCCUAGAAAUAAUGUGUGUAUAAGAGAAUGUUGAAACAUUUAAAUCAACACUGUAUUCUAUAUAAAAACUACUCCACAGAUAUGGCUCUUUUGCAACUUGUAGAUAAAAUCUUUACAGCCCUUAACAACAAUGAAUACGCUUUUGGCAUCUUUUUAGAUGUAUCCAAGGCGUUUGACUCAGUUGAUCAUGAAAUAUAACUUUCUAAAUUGCAUUAUUACAGUUUUCAUAAUUAUACAUAUAAUUGGUUAUAUAGUUAUGUUUAUGAUAGAGAAUAAUUUGUUUAUGCAAACGGCUGUGCAUCUACCAGGUCCAAGAUUUCCUGUGGUGUGCCACAAGGUUCGAUAAUUGGACCUUUGUUAUUCCACUUAUAUGUAACUCAAUUGUUAUGCAAUUUUAAAGCAAUUUCCAAAGUCCUAUGUUGCGACACAUGUAGAAGAACUUGAUGCCAAGUGUUACUGUAUUCAAAAUUCAAAAAGGCACUCUCACAGCUGAGCUAUCUUUGUUGCAGGUGCAUGGUAACAAUUAAAUAACAUGAAAGAAAAGAGAAAUCCGCACACUGCUCUUGCUAAUUCACUGUUCUUUAUUAAGCUUUACGGAGCCGCCUCUGAUGAAGGCCUUGAGGCCGAUACGUAAAGCUUAAUAAAGAAUAGUGAUACUAGCAAAACCAGUGUGAGGGUUUCUCCUUUCUUGGCGUCAAGUUCUUAUACAUGUGUAGCAACAUAGGACUUUGGAAAUUGCUUUAUAAUUGCAUAACAAUGGAGUUAUUACAUAAGUGGAAUAAGGAACAGUCACUAUUCCUCAUGUAGAGUAGUUACAAAAACAAUUAAAAUGCAAUUACCAAAGUAUUAUGCAACAACAUGAUAAUAGAAUGCUGCUCCAAAAGUAAUUACAGUUUUAUUACAAUGUUACUGUAUUACCUUGUCUCAUUAUGAAAAUAUAUUUGUUAGUCAUUUUGAAUCUGCAAAAGUGGUCUACUCCAAUGUUGAGGUGAUUCCAUGUCCCUCGUGUAUUUCAUUUGAGGCUAUAGGCCCCUGGAACUCAAUUCUAGACCUCGAAACCAGUUCCACUGCUUUUUUUCAUUGUUCCCCUCUAAUCAUGGACUGAUUUUGACCUGAGAUACCAGGUGGGUGCAAUUAAGUAUCAGCUAGAACAGGAAACGAGCAGGCUCUGGACCUCGUAGGGUAAAAGUUGAAUAGCCCUGCUAUAGGCUAUAUUAAGAUUAAUAUCUAAGAGACCUCUCAGACCAUGUGCUUGUGAUCAUAUACACUACAUGACCAAAAGUAUGUGGACACCUGCUCGUUGAAUAUUUCAUUCCAAAAUCAUGGGCAUUAAUAUGGAAUUGGUCCCCACUCUUCUGGGAAGGAUUUCCACUAGAUGUUGGAACAUUGCUGCGGGGACUUGCUUCCAUUUAGCCACGAGCAUUAGUGAGGUCUGGCACUGAUGUUGGGCGAUUAGGCCUGGCUUGCAGUCGGCGUUCCAAUUCAUCCCAAAGGUGUUCGAUUGGGUUGAGGUCAGGGCUCUGUGCAGGCCAGUCAAGUUCUUCCACACCAAUCUCGACAAACAAUUUCUGAAUGAACCUCACUUUGUGCACGGGAGCAUUGUCAUGCUGAAACAGGAAAGGGCCUUCCCCAAACUGUUGCCACAAAGUUGGAAGCACAGAAUCGUCUAGAAUGUCAUUGUAUGCUGUAGCGUUACGAUUUCCCUUCAGUGGAACUAAGGGGCCUCCCACGAACCAUGAAAAACAGCCCCAGACCAUUAUUCCUCCUCCACCAAACUUUACAGUUGCAUUGGAGCAGGUAGUGUUCUCCUGGCAUCCGCCAAACCCAAAUGCGUCCGUCGGACUGCCAGAUGGUGAAGCGUGAUUCAUCACUCCAGAGAACGCUUUUCCACUGCUCCAGAGUCCAAUGGCGGCGAGCUUUACACCACUCUAGCCGACGCUUGGCAUUGUGCCUGGUGAUUUUAGACUUGUGUGCGGCUGCUCGGCCAUGGAAACCCAUUUCAUAAAGCUCCUGACGAACAGUUCUCUUGCUGACGUAGCUUCCAGCAGCAUUUUGGAACUUGGUAAUGAGUGUCACAAUCGAGGACAGACGAUUUUUAAGCACUACGCGCUUCAUCACUCGCUGGUCCCGUUCUGUGAGCUUGUGUGGCCUACCACUUCGCAGCUGAGCCGUUGUUGCUCCUAGACGUUUUCACUUCACAAUAACAGCACUUACGGUUGACCGGGGCAGCUCUAGCAGGGCAGACAUUUUACAAACUGACUUGUUGGAAAGGUGGCAUCCUAUGACGGUGCCACGUUGAAAGUCAGAGCUCUUCAGUAAGGCCAUUCUACUGCCAAUGUCUGUCUAUGGAGAUUGCAUGGCUGUGUGGUUUUAUACACCUGUCAGCAACGGGUGUGGCUGAAAUAGCCGAAUCCACUCAUUUUGAAAGGGUAUCCACGUACUUUUGUAUUUAUAGUGUAUUUAGACUAAUUCAACUAACUUUUGUCGUUUUUGGUUCUUCAUCAAAUAUUUCGCAGCUAUCAAAUAAAUAUUUUCUUUGUUUUCAAAUAACUUGCAUAUAUUCAAAUACCUUCAAACAUUAUUUGGUUUUCUGAGAGGUAUUCAAAAUGCUUUCAAAUAUUAUUGGGUUUUCUGAGACCUGUAUUUGGAUAUAAAAUUAAAUAUUUGCCUUUUAGUUAACUCAAUAUAAACUAUAUUCGACUACCUCGAGUAUUAAAAAAGUUGGUGUUUUCAAAUAAACUACAAAAUACAACUAUUUUCUUCCCAGGUCUGGUGUGCGCAUGCGUGCACGUGUAUUGUUGUGUGUGUUUUAAACUUUGCAGUCCACACUUAGGUUUUUCGUGGAAGUCGGUUUUCACACUUAGCUCUCAAGUGUGACGAAAGAGACACCAUCUCUAAAAGUACCCUCGGCUACACAUAUACUGCAAUGUAAACUUGCGAACUUGUCACGUCUCGACCGCUACCUCCGGCAUGACACUUGCCCCCAUCUAAGCAGGGCAGUGUAAACAGAAUUGUCUUGUUGAGCCAACACUGUUUUUAUAGCAAUAUUUUUGAAAUGUACAGACAUUUUCCUUAUUUUUUUCCACUUGUUUUAUUGAGUUUUUACCUGAAAUUGUAGUAACAGCCUGUUACAUUCUGAAAUUGUCACCGUAGCUUUAAAUCUCAAGUGUAUAUUUUUUUCUUUUUGCUUGACUGCACUGAGCCACCAGGCAAGAAGCAACUUUCCAGGGAAUUAUCAAAGUUCAGUCACCAUUGCAGCAUUUCCAGAUAUUAUCAAUUUAUAAUAGCUAGCAGGAGUUAGCUGUGGAUUGUCAGCUACUUUAAUGUGUAAAGAAGAGAAAACAAACCCUUUAAACGUCUGCACAUACUGGUGGAUUGUUGCAUUAUUCAAUAGUGUAUUAUGAUUUGGUUGCAUUAUUCAAUAUUGUAAUAUGUUUUAGAAGAAAAAAUUUGCUUGGAUUGUUAAAUAGUUUGUACUUACUGCUUUGUGGCUACUGUGAUAUUUACGGGCAAUUUUAGCUGCGGACCAAUAAUGUUGCGUUGCCAGCUACAACAAAAAGUAAGGCAAGGAUGAAAUGUGAAUUGAAAAGUAGAAAAUCUCUUUCGCCACUCCACUCCUCAGACACGCCUCAGAGAGAUAAAAACAAAGCUGAAAUCUCUACCACAUUUGAGAUGAACCUUUUCCGUGCCUUUUUGACUGUUUCCCUUUUUGUGUUUUUCAAACCAGUUUUAUAUUACAGAAGUUGAUAAUUGAUUCACACUCUAAAAAUAGCCUAGCGCUUUAUUAUGAAGUUAUAUCAUCUCAUUGCCUGAUAUUGACGUACCCUUGUUGGAAAGUGUGUGUGUGUGUGUGUGUGUGAUAUCUACAGUGCUAACACCAAUAGCUGGCCUGAGCAUGAGGAUAAAUGGUGAUAUGUAGUGUUUUUGUGGUGAUGAUUGCAGCACAGUCUGGCCUUAGUGUUUUGACCAUGUUAUUGACAAAGCCAGCAGCAGGUCUUUGCCAGGUUCUUUCUCAUUUUCUAUCUCUCUCUCCCGCUUGUUUUCUGUCUGUCUACCUCCUUUCUUCUCUCUUCUUUCUCUGUCCUCUUUCUCUCUCCUUUCAAAUAUCUCUCUUUCUUGCAAAUAUCUCCUCCCUUUUAUACACUGAGUGUACAAAACAUUAGGAACACCUUCCUAAUAUUGAGUUGCACCACCUUUUGCCCUCAGAACAGCUUCAAUUCGUAGGAGAAUGGACUCUACGAGAUGUUGAAAGUGUUCCACAGGGAUGCUGGCCAAUGUUGACUCCAAUGCUUCUCACAGUUGUGUCAAGUUGGCUGGAUGUCUUUUGGGUGGUGGACCAUUCUUGAUACACGCGUGAAAAACCCAGCAGCGUUGCAGUUCUUGACACACUCAAACCGGUGCUCCUGGCACCUACUACCAUAUCCUGUUCAAAGGCACUUAAAUAUGCACAAUCAAUGUCUCAGUUGUCUCAAGGCUUAAAAAUCCUUCUUUAACCGGUCUCCCCCCUUCAUCUGAAGUGGAUUUAACAGGUGACAUCAGUAAGGGAUCAUAAGCUUUCACCUGGUCAGUCUGUCAUGGAAAAAAGCAUGUUUUGUACACUCAGUGUAUAUAGUCUGUAUAGAAUGUAUUCCCCCCUCCCUCUCUUACCUCCCUUCUCUCUCUGAUGGUAAGGCAGUGUGAUCCCAGGACUGAAGGGAGAAGAAGGGAAAGAAGGAGAGGAUAGUGGAGGGGAAGAGAAGAGAGAGCUGCCUGCCUGGAAUCCAUUACCCAGGGAGGCAUCAGCGUUUCACUGUGGGAACCUUAUUGAUCUGCCUCCUCUAUAAUUAUUCCACUUACACAAUCCCCCCCUCUCCAUCUCUCUGUUUCUCUUGUCACUCUCUCCCUCCCUUUAUCCGCCUCCCUCCUUAGCUACUUUCCAUGGAUCCCUUUCCCCCUCUGCCUUCCUCCGUCCAGCUUUCUUUACAUUUUCUGUCUUGUCUUUCUUUACUCCCUAUUUCUCUCUCUCCCCUCUCUCUUAAAAAAAAAGUGGUUUGACUCUCUCCCUCUCUGUAUGCAUGUAGCAGUCAGAAACUGACAUUGGGACACUGAUGUGCUAAGGUUUUGCCCUGCAAAACACAGAGCCUAUGAUAUCAAACAACCAAGUACCAAAAUUGACACCUCUCACUGUGCGUGUGAGAGAGCGAGUGAGAGAGCAAUUAUUGUAUUUGAGGUGAAAGUUGUGUAUAUGUCAAAUCAAAUACUCCUCCCAAAGCAUGACUGACAUCCUCUGAAACCCCCCCCCCCCCCACACACACACAAACACACACACAGCGUGAGUGUGUUUCUCAAGCAGCCAGUGUGCUAAGACCAGUCCCAGAGCAGGGUCUUACAGUAUGCGGAGGAGAGAUAGAUGGAUGGGGAAGGAAGGGGGAGCUCUGAAGGCAUCGAUUUUUUUCUAUUUUAGCCUCCUCGCUGCUCCCAUCACAACUCCCCCUGGGCCUCUCUGUGUGUGUGUGUGUGUACGUGCGUGCGCGGGCUUCUCCGUGCUUCAAGGUUGUCUGUCUGUCUGUCAGUGGGGUGUGUUAGCUCUGGGGAACAAGUUAUCCUUGGGUUGCAGGUUAGAGCAUCACACUGCUAACACUUCUUUUUACUGCAAGUUUUCCCCCUGUGACGGCCAGUGGUGUUGUGAAAAAAAUUUGCUUGACAAGAAAAAGUGUUCUUGGUGGGAAUGUGAUGUCAUUGUUGUAAAGGAAAUGGGUCUCUUUUUCCAGUAUGACUAUAGCUGUGCCAUCACUCAUGAAAGGUGGUUUUCAGAGAUGACUUACGUCAAAUGUUUUGCGUCUCAUGUUUUCAGAUAUGACUACGCCUAUGUACUGGCAUGAUGAUACUGUUUUCAUUACACAGAACACCUUUUGUUUGUAGCUAGGCUAUGUGGUGGAUGUGGAGUUGUGUGAAUAGGCCUUCGUGUGAACUGUGAAUGAGUUGACACACCUGGUUUAGCGUCUCUCUCUCUCUCUCUCUCUCUCUCUCUCUCUCUCUCUCUCUCUCUCUCUCUCUCUCUCUCUCUCUCUCUCUCUCUCUCUCUCGUGAUAAGGCGUCCCUCCUCGCCACCUGCCUGUGUUUGGACACUGUGUCACAUGGUCUCACACUGCCAAGGCCACUAGGACAGCAGCUGCCUCAAACACUCAGCCUCUCUGUGUGUGUGUAACCAGGUGUUCUUUCUCGUCUCCUACCUGAGACGUGUGUCUCUUUGUUUGUGUGUAUACUGUGUAGUGUUGCAAGGUAAACCUGCACCACGGUAAUAUCACGGUACCAAAGCGACAUGAUACUUAUGAUACCAACAUUUUAGAAUACUGUAGUACCGUUUCAUAUGAUGCUACUGACAUUUUCAGCCCUACUGAUCUAAAGAUCCUGCUGGCUCCUCUUAUAAAAUGUUUAUAAAGAGCAGUUUGGUUUAUAAAUUCAGUUGAAUUUAAGCAACAGCCAUUAGUCUCUUGGAUGCGCAGGUCCUUUAAUAUCCACUUCACUUUCAUGCUCAUAUCACGUGUGGCAGCUGUAAUCAGCCAGCCACAUCCCUUACCAGUCCUCACUCACCUGCUUCUCUCCGUCCGCUCUUCAUGCGCAACUAUCCCUCCAUCAGUUAAAAAAAAUAGAUAAUUUAGCAAUGAUGGCGAGCGGGGGGUGCAGACCCUGAUGAGUCUUCUGUUGUUAGAUUUGUACAUUUGUUACAUUGGAGCAUCGCCUGUUAUAACCAAGAGCACAGGCCAGUUUGAGUAGACUUUGCAAGUUCACUGUCAUACAGCCUCUGAGUGUCAGAAAGGGAAAAUAGCAAAGAAAAUGACUUGUCUUUAGCCUAAACGGUUAAAAAAUAUGACCCAUAUUACCAGAGAUGCCUUUUUUCUUUCUAUCGGGAUUUGCGCGCAUUUGAUAUAAUUUCACAAACCAUGUUGCGGGACAUUUUAAAGUAAUCCCGGAUUGCUAAUUAUUAGUUUGAUAACAAGCAAUGUUGUUCCAGGGGUGGGCCUGGGUGGACACAUGCCCACCCACUGGGGAGCCAGGCCCUGCCAGGCCCAACUAAUCAGAUAAAAAACAAAACUCAUUACAAAAAUACUCCUCUGCAGUAUUCUAUUACAGUAGACACUGAACAGUAUGAAGUUAAAUUCAAUGUGUUGUAUUGAGUAGAAGUGUGAAUUUCAGUGACAGGGUUUUGCGUAGCACAUGCGCAAAACAUUUAGAAAACAGGAACAAGCGUCCAGGGAACGGGACGAAAAGGACACUAGGCCACUGAUGUUUUUCCACCGUGGUGUCGCGAUACUACUCUCUCAUGAUCCAGUACUUGGCCUGGUAUCGUAUCGUUAGUAACAUUUUGGUAUCUGACAACACUAAUACUGUGUGCGUCUGUCUGUGAAUGUUUACGCUGUGUGUGUGUUUUAGCGGUUGAUAACUGGCUUACUUUGUUCUCUCUCUUCUCUGUCUGCAGGAAGUUUGAGGAGCGCCCUCAACCACAACGCUUAACAAGGUGAGUGAGUGAGUGAGUGAGUGAGUGAGUGAUACACACACACACACACACACACACACACACACACACACACACUUCGCACACGCAAACACACUUUGCACACACACACUUUGUACACACACCUCCACACACAUUCCCCUCUUCCCUUUUGCCUUUUCAGAUAAUAUCAUACUAUGAGCUUGGUUAUGAGCUAUGGGUCAUUUCAAUGUCAAAGGACCCUUGAGCACAAACAUGUGAAGUUCAUAGGAGCAUAUCAAAUUGGGUGUCAAAUGAAAGGUAAGAGUCUAUAUUCUGGGGAAAUGAAGGCAUAGAUACAUUUUUCAACCAUUUUCUACCUUAAAAAUUAGGCAUAAGUAAUAGCUUUGAUUUCCGGUCAAACAGAUGGAAAUGGGGUCUUAGACAAUAUCUACCAGGAAAAAAUCUUACGGUAUUUGAAAUGCAUCAAAACACAAUAAUGUUGAAGUAAAGACCUUUGCCAACUAAUAUCAACACUUAUAUUUAGUUUUGGAGAAAUUAUUUGCCUUCUGAUUUGGCUUCUGUGAGUUUAAAAACAUUUCCUUGUAAUUAUGGUACCAAAAACCAACAUAUAUCUUUAAGAUAUUUUCUAAUUUCUCUCCCUCAUGAAGACAUUUACAUUUACAUUUAAGUCAUUUAGCAGACACUCUUAUCCAGAGCGACUUACAAAUUGGUGCAUUCACCCUAUAGCCAGUGGGUUAACCACUUUACAAUAUUUUUUUUUUUUUUUUUUUGGGGGGGGGGGGGGGGGGGGGGUAGAAGGAUUACUUCAUCCUAUCCCAGGUAUUCCUUAAAGAGGUGGGGUUUCAAAUGUAUCCGGAAGGUGGUGAGUGACUCUGCUGUCCUGGCGUCGUGAGGGAGCUUGUUCCACCAUUGGGGUGCCAGAGCAGCGAACAGUUUUGACUGGGCUGAGCGGGAACUAUGCUUCCGCAGAGGAAGGGGAGCCAGCAGGCCAGAGGUGGAUGAACGCAAUGCCCUCGUUUGGGUGUAGGGACUGAUCAGAGCCUGAAGGUACGGAGGUGCCGUUCCCCUCACUGCUCCAUAGGCAAGCACCAUGGUCUUGUAACGGAUGCGAGCUUCAACUGGAAGCCAGUGGAGUGUGCGGAGGAGGGGGGUGACGUGAGAGAACUUGGGAAGGUUGAACACCAGACGGGCUGAGGGAGGGGGAGGAUAAUGAAAGUUCACAGAAGUAACAAGUAAAGGUAAACCUAGCAAUUAGUUAUAGUGUUUUUACUGAUAUACAUUUUUGUAAUUCUGUUACCAAAUUGGUAACAGAAUGACAAAAAAUAUCUGUAACAGAAUUACAGCAAUUGAAUUGGCUACAAAUGGGAAAUCAUAGUAGUCACAAACCACAGUUGGGUCACCUGCUACUGUCCUCCCUUCUACUGGCAUACUGUUUUAUUUUUUCUUUCUGUUGUCUAGUGGUCUCUCUCUACUCUCUCCAGUUAAUGUUACCUCUCCCGGCUCUUACUGACACCUACCCAUAAGCCCCCUCUUUUUCCAUUUACUGUAACCAGCAUCCGCGCCCACUGAGCACCGGCUGACACCGGACGUCCAUGGGCGUUGAAAAGUAGUUGAAAUUUGGUCAGUGCGCCCUGGCCUACAUUUCAACGUCCACAGCUGUAGAUCUUUGGUCCGGACCGGCCUUGAAUUGGUCAAAACAUAGACAUCCGUGAUUGGUGGCCGGACCAAAUCUGAACCAAUAAUAGAUGUCAAUGUUUCACAAGUUUGGACAGCACAGUACAGUACAGUGAAGCACAGUAGGGAUGUGCACGGUUAUUCAAAUAUUAAAAUAUCCAAAUGGACGUUAGUAUUCGAAUACUUGUGUGAGUAUUCAUUUUAGCGGGGGAAAAAAGAUAGACCUAUUUUAACACUGAAAAGGCUUUUUCUAAAUUAAAAUAUCCAUGUGACAUUGUUACCUACAAGGAUAUACCAUGACAUUUCAAAUGAUUAUUUUAAUAAAACAACUAACUUUUUUAUGUAGUUUUCAUGACGGUGCAUGGUGCGCCUCAUAAAAAGUAGCCAUCACCUGUGUAGUUUUGUUGUUUGUUGGCCAAUCAAAGCGGCAAAGUGUAGUAAAUGGAGUGAGAGUUCACUAAUGCAAUGUAAGAUGGAAUAAAAUUACGGAAUUAAAAGUUAGCGAAAUGAGAAGGAGUAGGCUACGACGAGCAACCAACGGAGGUAGGCUGUUGUUUUAUCUGAAUGGGGCUGGGGAGAAAGAGGAACAUGUGGCCUCUAUUAGCCUAGCUAGCAGGAUGAUGAAUAACAUUGAGCACGGUUACAUGCACACAAUAAUGCGAUUAUUCUGGAUAGUGAAGUUAUAAUAGUUUGCUUAAAACGUUUACAUGCUUUACAAGAAGAACGAUUUCCCUAAUAAUCCUGUUUACAUGGACACAUCUGAAAUCAGGCUACUUAUGGGACUUUUGCUAAAUGCUGAAUAUCACCAACCAAAAUAAACGUUCUACCACAGUGACCAUGUUAUUUUUGCGAAGACUAUUUAAUUCUGAGUUCGGACAUAUAAAGUUUGUAUGUGAAAACUGUAAGAUGCAUACUUUCAGUUUUUCCGAUCUCACUUCACUUGCGCAUAAAAGGGAAAUAUUGCGCUAACCGGUGCUGGCACAUGCGCAGAUCAAAAUACACCACUGGAACACCGAUUUAAGCUGUUUACAUGUCCUAAUAAUUCUAAAGAUUGCUCGGAAAACCAGGUGUUUUAAUCGGCAUAUGCAUACUUCGAUAAUGACCUUACGCCAAUUAAGAUAAGCAGAGUAAGGUGUUUACAUAACUAAUGCUAUACUCAGCCUUCUGCCAUAAUCAGUUUAAUAUCUAAUUAUUAGUGUGCAUGUUAACAUGCUCAUUGUGGCUGCUACAAGUUAGCUAGUCUUGGCUGUAGCCGAGUUGCCUUGGCAUCUCUCUCUCUCUCACUCAGUCUGCUCGCUCCCAACACCGCCCCCUCCGCAGCUGCAGCAAUAGAGCGCCAGCCUCUCCCUCACACAGCAGUGCUCAGGUUAAAAACAUAGGUUUAAAAAAAGAAUUAUCUUGAUAGCUGACAAUUUUAUGGUACUAUUCGAAUAGUGAAAUUAUUUCAAACCCCCUUCCCUAAAGCACAGUAAAGUACAAUAUAGUACAAAAAUAUAUAAUUGUAUAGUACAGUAGAGUAGACUCAAUGUAUUGAACUCUAUUAUAAUAAAAAUAAUACAUUUUAAACUUCACGACACCCAAAGUCACUUUGCAUACACAAGAAAAUCAGCAGGAUAAAAAGUAAUAAAAUCACAUAUUAAGUAAGUAUAUAAAAGUACACUAAACAUAGGAGACUAAAGAUGGAGAACAUUAAAAGCCUGGUCUCCCAUGGAGCGGAGCAGAGCGAGGGAUGGGGAGGAGGCCAGUGUCAGAGGAGCGCAGUGAACAGGUGGGAGUGUAGGGGUGUAGGAGGUCAGGAAGGUAUGUUGGCGCUAGUCCAUUGAGUCCUUUGUAGGUGAGCAUGAGCAAAUUGAAGAUCAUCCUGUAUUGAACUAGGAGCCAGUUUUGGCGGGGGUACGUAGAGAAUGGCGUUGCAGUAGGCCAGGCAUGAUAAAACAAACAAAAAAACGUGAAUGAGGGUUUCAACAGUGAGGUCAGUGACAGAGGGUCUGUGUCGUGAGAUGUUUUUGAGGUAGAAGAAGGCUGACUUGGUGACGUUCUGGAUGUGGGGUUCAAGUGACAGUGGGGUCAAAUGUAACACCAAGGUUCCUGAGUGUGGAGUUUGAGCAGUGUUUUCCACCAGCACAUGGAGUAGCCAGCCAAAUAGAAAAAGGAGCCAGCCAGGAUACCCCAGGCCGAGGUGGUUAAUAAUUGUUUGCCGAACAAGCUCUAUUUUGGUGGCCUCUGGUACAUUCUAAUGCCUUGAUUCCAUUCGAAAUGCACAAACAGAUUGGAAAAAUUAGUUGUGGUAUUGUGUUUACUGAAAAUGUAUUAAUUCAGUAUAUUAUUCGUUUUUUUUUGUAUUGUGUAGGCCUAUAUGAUUAGGACUAUUUUCUAAGUAAGAUAACAUUAAACCUUUUAACAUUUAACCCGUCUUCUCUUGAGAUUAAAAUAUUUUACUGCAAGAUAUGAAUUGCCACAAUUAUGUUUGUUCUUAAAAUUAUGUAUUUUAUUAAAACAGAACAAUUAAGUAAAUUCCCCAAAUUAUCUAGAAAAUAUUAAUUGAAGGUUAAAUGUAAAAUCAAAGAAAUUGUGUGAUGGUCUCUAAAAUAAACAGAACAGAUGCUCAAUUAAGUUCUGGGUCCAUACGUGUUAAGAGAAGAGAGAGAACGACAUCAGUUUGCAACCCGCUUUGUAAAUUGCAGUAUGUCAUUUAUUAAAAAAGAAGUGUUUAACAACUGAUUUCUUCUUAAAGAAUCUUGUAAGAGUCUGCUGACUUCCACAGGCUUCAAGCUUCCUUUUUAAGAGGCAUUUCCUCAACUAUCUGCAAUACAGGUAUGAUUGAAGAGUGAAGCUGGUGUUAAUCAUGGGCUAUGCUACACAGAAAGCAGCAGACCUGUAUCAAUAUUUAAAAAAAUACCAUAUACACUAUAUAUACAAAAGUAUGUAGACACCCUUCAAAUGAGUGGAUUCGGCUAUUUCAGCUACACCCGUUGCUGACAGGUGUAUAAAAUCAAGCACACAACCAUGUAGUCUCUGUAGACAUUGGCAGUAGAAUGGCCUUACUGAAGAGCUCAGUGACUUUCAAUGUGGCACCGUCAUAGCAUGCCACCUUCCCAACAAGUCAGUUCAUCAAAUCUCUGCCCUGCUAGAGCUGCUCCGGUCAACUGUAAGUGCUGUUAUUGUGAAGUGGAAAUGUCUAGAAGCAACAACGGCUCAGCGGCGAAAUGGUAGGCCACACAAGCUCACAGAAUGGACCCGCUGAAGCGCGUAUCGCGUAAAAAUGGUCUGUCCUAGGUUGCAACACUCACUACCGAGUUCCAAACUGCCUCUGGAAGCAACGUCAGCACAAUAACUGUUCGUCGGGAGCUUGGUGAAAUGGGUUUCCAUGGCCGCACACCAUGCGCAAUGCCAAGCGUCGGCUGGAGUGCUGUAAAGCUCACCGCCAUUGGACUCUGGAGCAGUGGAAACACGUUCUCUGGAGUGAUGAAUCAUGCUUCACCAUCUGGCAGUCCGACGGACAAAGCUGGGUUGGGCGGAUGCCAGGAGAGCACUACCUGCCCCAACUGUGAAGUUUGGGGGAGGAAUAAUGGUUUGGGGCUGUUUUUCAUGUUUGGGCUAGGCCCCUUAGUUCCAGUGAAGGGAAAUCGUAAAGCUACAGCAUACAAUGACAUUCUAGACAAUUCUGUUCAUCCAACAUUGUGGCUACAGUUUGGAGGAGGCCCUUUACAAAGCGAGGUCCAUACAGAAAGAAAGUUUGUCGAGUUUGGUGUGGAAGAACUUGACUGGCCUGAACAGAGCCCUGACCUCAACCCCAUCGGACACCUUUGGGAUGAAUUGGAACGCCGACUGCGAGCCAGGCCUAAUCGCCCAACAUCAGUGCCCAACCUCACUAAUGCUCUUGUGGAAGCAAGUCCCUGCAGCAAUGUUCCAACAUCUAGUGGAAAGCCUUCCCAGAAGAGUGGAGGCUGUUAUAGCAGCUAAGGGGGGACCAACUCCAUUCUAAUGGAAUGAGAUGUUCGACGAGCAGGUGUCCACAUACUUUUGGUCAUGUAGUGUAAGUAACAUUAGCUUUUAAAACAAUUCAAUCUGUUUUCUUGUAUCAUAUUUUGGACAAGAGUGAGGCUAUCGCUCCACUAGCCUACCUAUUGUUCCUUACAUUGAGGAGGAUUCACCAUCUUCAUCAAAUGUUUUCAUAUUUUAUCUGCAGAUAAUCGCCAAAAAGCCUACCAGUAUGCAAAUGUUUUAGCCAAAUGUACUGAUCCAAUUCAGUAGGCUACUGAUGAGUCACUGUCUGGUAAGUCCUGAUGGACUUCAUAUCGGAAAUACAAAAACAAGAUCUUUAGUUUACUUGUCCCGAUGCGAUACCAUGGACAUAUAACUAAGUUGUAUGAUUUAUGAAUGGCAAGGAUAUAUGAGAUCGACUUCAUUCAGUCAGUUCGACACCAUUUAUAAACUAGUCCAUCUUGCUGUUUGUCAAUCAAAUCACAGUAAGCCUAUGCGCCAGCACUACGUGGCUUCAUAUGAAACAUGCAAAAUAAAAUAAAUCAGUGUGCCAGAUAAAACACUAGGCUAAGUGGAUUUCGACUCAUCGUUACCACAUUAUAUGGGCUGUGCAAAUUGACUCACAUAAACGAUGAAGUAGCAUCAUGCUUUCUCCCUCCGUGUAAAUACAUUUGACUUCAACCACAGCGUACACAACACAAACACCCAGGUACUGGAAGGCGGGACAGACAGCAGACUGUUUCCCUGUCAGCUUUCACUUUGUGACUGAUGUGCCUGUCCUAUAAAUAGAUCGCUAGAAGAUGCAUAUCGUUCAUUCUAGCGGGACAGGGCUCAGCUGACUUUUUCUGACUUGCGAAUUGUAAAAAAGUAGUCUAGUAAUUUUAAGUGAAAAAAGUACCUGAACCUGAGUGUUUAAUCGGCUGUAUAGCCGACAGCCGGCACUAGUGGAAAACACUGUUGGAGUGGAUGGUGCAGCCGUCGAUUGUCAUGUUGAGUUGACCCAGUUUCUUGAUGAGGGAGUUGGGACCCAUAAGCAUGAUCUCUGUUUUGUCAUCAUUUAGUUUUACAAAGUUAUUGCUCAUCCAAAUGUUCACUUCACAGAGACAGUCAACAACAGAGGGGGAUGGCAGAGUGGAGUUGGGUUUUGUGUGGAUGUAGAUUUGUGUGUCAUCUGCAUAACAGUGAAAUCGGAGUCCAAAUUGACGGAGGAUCUGACCAAGAGGUAGUAUGUAAAUACUCAACCGUAAUGGACCUAACACUGAGCCUUGUGGGACACCUUGUGAUGCAGGGGCUGGGGCAGACCUGCAUUUGCCAAGGGAGACAAACUGUUGUCUGUCAGAUACAGUUGAAGUCGGAAGUUUACAUACACUUAGGUUGGAGUCAUUGAAACUCGUUUUUCAACCACUCCACAAAUUUCUUGUUAACAAACUAUAGUUUUGGCAAGUCGGUUAGGACAUCUGCUUUGUGCAUGACACAAGUAAUUUUCCCAACAAUUGUUUACAGACAGAUUAUUUCACUUAUAAUUCACUGUAUCACAAUUCCAGUGGGUCUGAGGUUUACAUACACUAAGUUGACUGUGCCUUUAAACACCUUGGAAAAUUCCAGAAAAUGAUGUCAUGGCAUUAGAAGCUUCUGAUAGGCUAAUUGACAUCAUUUGAGUCAAUUGGAGGUGUACCUGUGGGUGUAUUUCAAGGCCUACUUUCAAACUCAGUGCCUCUUUGCUUGACAUCAUGGGAAAAUCAAAAGAAAUCAGUCAAGACCUCAGAAAAAUAAUUGUUGACCUCCACAAGUCUGGUUCAUCCUUGGGAGCAAUUUCCAAACGGCUGAAUCAAAUCAAAUCAAAUGUUAUUUGCCACAUGUGCCGCAUACAACAGGUGUAGACAUUACAGUGAAAUGCUUACUUACAAGCCCUUAACCAACAAUGCAGUUUAAGAAAAUAAAAUAACAGUAGGGAGGUUAUAUACAGGGGGUACCGGUACAGAGUCAAUGUGCGGGGGCACCGGUUAGUCGAGAUAAUUGAGGUAAUAUGUACAUGUGGGUAGAGUUAAAGUGACUAUGCAUAAAUAAUAAACAGAGUAGCCGCAGUGUAAAAGAGGGGGUUAGGGUGGGGUGGGGGGGGACAAUGCAAAUAGUCCGGGUAGCCAUGAUUAGCUGUUCAGGAGUCUUAUGACUUGGGGGUAGAAGCUGUUAAGAAGCCUUUUGGACCUAGACUUGGCGCUCCGGUACCGAUUGCCGUGCGGUAGCAGAGAGAACAGUCUAUGACUAGGGUGGCUAGAGUCUUUGAUAAUUUUUAGGGCCUUCCUCUGACACCGCCUGGUAUAGAGGUCCUGGAUGGCAGGAAGCUUGGCCCCAGUGAAGGUACCACGUUCAUCUGUACAAACAAUAGUACGCAGGUAUGAACACCAUGGGACCAUGCAGUCGUCAUACCGCUCAGGAAGGAGACGCGUUCUGUCUGAAAGUACUUUGGUGCGAAAAGUGCAAAUCAAUCCCAGAACAACAGCAAAGGACCUUGUGAAGAUGCUGGAGGAAACAGGUACAAAAGUAUCUAUAUCCACAGUAAAACGAGUCCUAUAUCGACAUAACCUGAAAAGCCGCUCAGCAAGGAAGAAGCCACUGCUCCAAAACCGCCAUUAAAAAGCCAGACUACGGUUUUCAACUGCACAUGGGGACAAAGAUCGUACUUUUUUCAGAAAUGUCCUCUGGUCUGAUGAAACAAAAAUAGAACUGUUUGGGCAUAAUGACCAUCGUUAUGUUUGGAGGAAAAAGUGGGUUGCUUGCAAGCCGAAGAACACCAUCCCAACCGUGAAGCACGGGGGUGGCAGCAUCAUGCUGUGGGGGUGCUUUGCUGCAGGAGGGACUGGUGCACUUCACAAAAUAGAUGGCAUCAUGAGGAAGGAAAAUUAUGUGGAUAUAUUGAAGCAACAUCUCAAGACAUCAGUCAGGGAGUUAAAGCUUGGUCGCAAAUGGGUCUUCCAAAUGGAUAAUGAUCCCAAGCAUACUUCCAAAGUUGUGGCAAAAUGGCUUAAGGACAACAAAGUCAAAGUAUUGGAGUGGCCAUCACAAAGCCCUGACCCUCAAUCUUAUAGAAGGUUUGUGGGCAGAACUGAAAAAUGCGUGUGCGAGCAAGGAGGCCUACAAUCCUGACUCCGUUACACCAGCUCUGUCAGGAGGAAUGGGCCAAAAUUCACCCAACUUAUUGUGGGAAGCUUGUGGAAGGCUACCUGAAACGUUUGACCCAAGUUAAACAAUUUAAAGGCAAUGCUACCAAAUACUAAUUGAGUGUAUGUAAACUUCUGACCCACUGGGAAUGUGAUGAAAGAAAUAAAAGCUGAAAUAAAUAAUUCUCUCUACUAUUAUUCUGACAUUUCACAUUCUUAAAACAAAGUGGUGAUCCUAACUGACCUAAGACAGGGAAUUUUUACUAGGAUUAAAUGUCAGGAAUUGUGAAAAACAGAGUUAAAAUGUAUUUGGCUAAGGUGUAUGUAAACUUCCGACUUCAACUGUAUAUAAUAGUGGAACCAGGCAAGGGGUGUUCCGGAAACUCAAAGAAGCCUCUCCAUGAGGUCAGUUAAAAUGUGUGUCAAAUGCUGUAGACUCCACUCUAAAUCAAAGCAAAUCACAUUUUUAUUUGUCACAUGCUUCAUCAACAACAUGUGUGGACUAACAGUGAACAGCUUACUUACGGGCUCUUCCCAACAAUGCAGAGAGAAAGAAAGUAAAAUUCAUUAAAGUAAUAAUAGAUGCACAGUGAGUAACAAAACUUGGCUAUAUACAAGGGGAACCAGUACUGAGUCGAUGUGCUGGGGUACGACGUAAUUGAGGUAGGUACAGUGCCUUCAGAAAGUAUUCAUACCCUUUGACUUACAGUAUUCCACAUUUUGUUGUGUUACAGCCUGAAUUUAAAAUGGAUUAAAGUAAAAUAAAACAUCUCACCCAUCUACACACAAUGACAAAGUGAACAUUUGUUUUUAGACAUUUUUGCACAUUCUUUGAAAAUGAAAUACAGAAAUAUCAAAUGUACAUAAGUAUUCACACCCCUGAGUCAGUACUUUGUAGAAGCACCUUUUACAGCUGUGAGUCUUUCUGGGUAAGUCUCUUAAGAGGUUUCUACAUUGUACAACAAUUGCCCAUUUGUCAAAUUGGUUGAUCAUUGCUAGACAAUCAUUUUCAGAUCUUGCCGUAGAUUUAAGUCAAAAUUGUAACUCGGCCACUCAGGAACAUUCACUGUCUUCUUGUUAAGCAACUCCAGUCUAUAUUUUGCCUUGUGUUUUAGGUUAUUGUCCUGCUGAAAGGUGAAUUCAUGUCCCAGUGUCUGGUGGGAAGCAGACUGAACCAGGAUUGUUUUGCCUGUGCUUAGCUCCAUUCGGUUAUUUUUUUAUUAUCCUGAAGAACACCCCAGUCUUAACGAUUACAAGCAUACCCAUAACAUGAUGCAGCCACCACUAUGCUUAAAAAUAUGGAGAGUGGUACUCAGUAAUGUGUUGUAUUGGAUUUCAUAUCUAUAAUUAUGCAUUUCUGUGUAGUACAUAUCAAGUACCCAUGAUGUAAUUCUGUUACCAUAAUUCUGUUACCGUGUGUAAAUCCACUUCACUUACUGUAGGUCAAUACAAUAACCAAAAUAGAUUUUUUCAAACUCAAGGUGUGUCAUAGCUGACACCCCACUUGACACCCAAAGGUUUUGGAAAACGUGGUCGCAUAAAAAAAAAAGAUUUUACCGUAAUUCUGUUACCAAAACUUUCCAUCUUCACAGUUCUUCCAGUAAAUGUGUUUUUGUGAAAUGUUCUGUGUAAAUUGUUCAAAGCAGUCCUUUUGCAAAGAGUUGUAUGAUUUGUUGAACUUUGAAAAAAGAAUGGUAUUUGUUGGGGUCUCAGCGUAAUUCCGUUACUGUGGAAUUGCCCUAUAAUGCUAACUAUCAUAAUAGUAAUGAGAACCAUCUAAGCUAUCAUUUCUUCACUGAGAUAAAAGUAACAAGUCUUGAAUGAAAUCGAAGAUUGAAUGGUUAAAAGAAGAUAUCAGACACAUUUUCAGUGUGCUUGUUUUAUUGACUGCAUAGACUGCUCACAGUUCAACAGGGCUUGUCAUGCAUGGUUAUGAUUAGGGAUGGGAUGUUGUUAAAGUGAGCUGUUUUCCAUCCCUCUCUUGGACAUCUGUAGCGGUCUUAGGCUAGUUAGUGUGUAUGAAAAUAAAAUAAAGGGUUGAGGCCUGGAUUCUGCGGUCACAGCAGGGCUUUAGUCCAAUGGUCCUUUUGGUCUGUUGGUCAGCCAGCCUGCAGAGAGAGUGGAGGAUUGUCUGACCAUGACCGCCCUCUCCAGCCCGUGGCUUUAGGGAGGGGUGUGUGUGUGUGGGGGGGGGGGGGGGUUAUGUGUGCGCCUUCUCAAUCCUGACUGUCUAUUGCUGAGCCUUCGGAGCUCCCUGAAGAGCACGUGGGUGUUUUUCUCUCUCUCUCUCUCUCUGUGUGUGUGUGUGUGUGUGUGUGUGUGUGUGUGUGUGUACGCGUGCCGCUCCAAGGGGAAAAUGAGGGGUCGCGCAUUCACUGGAACACACAAGCGUCGUAUUGGAGAGGGCCCUAGCCUCUACCUUUUUCAUCUCUUGCCCUCUCCAUUCAUGUGCUGCCAGUCCCCCGGAUUUCAUUGGCCUCUCCAUUUGUCCAGGCCUUAUGAGUGCACAGAUAAAAAUGACAUGCACGAAACACUCGUUACCGACGAUCGGGAACAUGCAGAAAGACACUGUGGUUAUUUCAGAGCUUGUAUCUGUGUCUACAAAUGUGUGCGUGUAUCUGAAAAGUGUAUGUGGCUGUGGCUGUGUUGCGGUUACCCCAGAGUGUGGCCCCGUUGAUUUUAGUUUGGCAGUGACGGGGGCAGCUAAAAGCCCGGGUCCUCCAGGAGCUGCGAAGGACAGCUAUGUUUUGGGUCCUUUAGGGCCCCACUGUCAGCCAGGCUGUCCAACUGUUCAGCUGGAAAAUACCAGACAGUACACAGCUGGAAAAGCUGCCUGGUUUAGUUGCUUUGGAGAAGAGACCCGUUCUCUUAUGUUUCGGGGGAAAUGUCUUAGACAGUUAGGCUCAUUCUGAAAAUCAAAAGCUGGAAAAUAAGCUGUAUGAUAUGAAUCCAUGUUAGACUUACAAGUAGGCUAUAGGCUAUGUGAAUGUAGAGAUCAUUUAUUACAUUUAUUAGCAGACGCUCUUAUCCAGGAGCAAUUAGGGUUAAGUGCCUUGAUCAAGGGCACAUCGACAGAUUUUUCACCUAGCCUGCUCGGGGAUUCGAAACAUUAGUUUAUUGUCGUGAUUGUAAUUGACUCGAAUGUGCCUGACAUCAUCACAAAUUAAGUUCACAUGGGGGGGAAAAUGUAGUUUCUCUGACAGCCUAUUCUCAGCCCAUAGUGUCUUAAAAUCAAUAGGAGAGGAUAUGCAGACUGAAGUGAGUGACUGUUGAUGUUUUAAUUUAACCCAAGUUCCUGGGUUGAAGACGUGUGUAAUGUACCCUUUGUGAUCCAAAGGGGUGCGCACUAAUGGGGGUCUAUUACUCUAAAUUGAGCUGUGUGUGUGUGUUUUUGAGUCUCUGUGUCCUGGUGUGUGUGUGUAAGUUUGUGUGUGUGUGUGCAAGCAUGCCCCUCUCCCUCCCCUAGCUGCAGGUCCACAGGGGGUCUGGGUGAGUCCACUUUACUCUGUAGCGAGAGGCUGUGACAGAUGUACUGGACAGAUGCCUGUCUGCUCUGCUUUGCCCUGCUGCAGCUGUAGCCCGGCUUAACCUAACACAUACACACACAAACACCAUUACUGACCCCCACUUUGCCCUUUGUCUUAUCUGUAUAGCUCUUUCUCUGUCUCUCUCUCUCUCUCUCUCUCUCUCUCUCUCUCUCUCUCUCUCUCUCUCUCUCUCUCUCUCUCUCUCUCUCUCUCUCUCUCUCUCUCUCUCUCCAUCAGUGGUACAAAAAGUAAUAUCCUUAUUGCUUGUUGCUUUUCCUGUCAUAUAGCUCCUCACUUUUGCUUGAUGAGUCUGUGACUGUUGGAUUGUUUAAACAUCACGCCUUGUUUACAUUGCGUGUUUUGCUGUCCAGUAUUCUCCUAUUCAGUUCUCGUUUUGACGUGCUAUCUAGUGUGGUUGCAUGCCUCGCGUCUCAUUGCGUGUCUCUUUUUGUUUGCGUGUUGUUGUGUUCCGUGUCCUGGUUGUCUCUUGUCGCGUGGUGAUGAAAAGCACAUAUCUGUCACUUCCUCUCUCAAAUCAGAUGACUCAGGCCAUGUAGUCCCAACACCCCUCUCGUUCUUCCUCUUGUUUGUGUGUGUGACCUUGUGCGUGUUUGUAUAGGAAGUUGAGUGAGAGCUGUACCCUGGCCAAUGUGGCGACUCUGUAUUCGGGCCACUCUCAUUUCUCCUUAAAACUGUUAGCUGCUCUUCUCAGGAAAAAUGGCCCACACAGACAAUUAAUUAAUAGGUUAAGUACUCAACAGUUCUCCAACACAGGGGAGCAGGGAGGUAUACUGAAAGUGUGUGUGUGUGUGUGUGAGGGUAAACAUUGUGUGUGAACGCUGGGUGAACUUGGCCCUGUGCCGUCUGGCCCCCUCCAUGGGUGUGAGAGAUGAAUGGUGCUCCCCUCGCGGCCUACCACACAGACAGAGGGUACUGAACGCUCUACGACGGCAACCACAUCUCAACCAUCACUCCUUAACCAGGACUGCUACUGCGAACUUGGACCACUUCUGAACCGAGAACAUUUUUAAACAUGGGACAGAUUUCUAUCUAUAGGACCAGCCAUUUGUAACCAGGAUUGAAAUGCAUUCAAACAGUUCAUUGGUUUUUGACCAAUGCUACUCCCAAGCAAAGAGACUUCUCUGUGAAGAUCUGUUUUUGGAAUAACCCAGCGCUUUUUCCUGCUUUAACUUUCAACCAGUGUGUGUGUGUGUGUGUGUGUGUGUGUGUGUGUGUGUGUGUGUGUGUGUUAAAAAACAGGCACUUUUCUAGUUUGGAUGCAGGGAUGUGUUAGUGGUUUUCUGUCAGCAUACAUGCUGCAGCAAUCUCUCUAUAUUUCCCUUUUUCUUCUCUCUCUCUCUCUCUCUCUCUCUCUCUCUCUCUCUCUCUCUCUCUCUCCCUCUCAUCUCUCCUCUCUCUCUCUCCCGGGGUCACAUGGGUUCCACAGGGCAGCAGCCAUAUGGUGAGGUGGCAAAAACAUACUCCAUGACCCACACACUUCCUUAAAAGUCUCAUUUUACCCACACCACUUCCUCAAAACUCAAAUCUUUAAGGUGAAAUCUGGAACUUUCAUUUCCUCCUGCCCUGGCAAAUCAAGGUACUAGGUACAAACACAUCUGACCAAGGAGAAAAACCAACAACAAACUGGCUUCACCGAUAUGGCCGCUCAGGUCUUCAUACCGGUAUACCUCUAUUCUUCUAGAAUUUGUCGCUUAGGCACAGAUCCAUUCCCUACAUACAAGUCAGCUCAGACAGUAUCCAGCCUACCCUCCACAUAUCCAAACUGGAAGCGCCAAACUGACCUCUACAUUCAAAUAUGCUCAUGAGCUGGUCCUCUCUGAGCUGGAUCUGUCUGAGCUGACAUGGGUGGGUGGGUGGUAUAUGUAGGCAUCUGAGCUGAGCCAUAAGGGAAACUGGCAUAUACCACACCACUAUCAGAUAAGAGGGGCAAGGUUUUGCUUUUUGUCUCCCCCACUUUUGAUUCGACCCACUAAUUCAUUUGUAAUUUUAGCAGAGUCAAUGUGUUUGAGCUAGUAAUGUAUCAAUAUUUACCUUUAAAAAAUUGCUAUGACAUAGCCAGUGAAUAUAUAGCACAACCUUGGAUUUCAUCCCCCAUCUCAAAAUCAAAUGGUUUAGACCGUUUGGAAGUUUUAUUUUCCUCUGCUUCGAAGUGCAGUGUGGGUAGAAAAAGUGAUUGUUGUCCUCCUUAUGAAAUUAUCAACUUUACCCUGUAUAUCUAAAAAUGACCAUAUACACUAAUUGUUUAAAGGAAACCUACCAAAACUAUUGCUGAUUGUGAACCGGAAUAAUCCAAAUAAAAUCGAAUGUUGCUUAAGCCCCGAUCAGCAGGUAGGUACAGCCAGAUGAGUCGUGUCUCAGGCAGUUGCUUAGGCUACUUUAUUCCAGUAAAACAUCAUUUUCAACAGCGCAUUGGAUAACAAUAACCUAGCAAAUUACACUGAUUUUCACUCAACUAAUAAAAUCUAAUAUUGGCAAGCCAUUUUGCAAACAUUUUAAUGCUAAAGGUGACACGGCCUACAUCUCGUUGGUCAGUGUGUGAAGUAGUGCACAGUGCACUAUUUGACUAGUCUACUGAUAUUGCCUGGGUUGUUCGGCAUGCAAAAAUGUUGGUCAAUGACUGUCAACACAGUUACAAGCUUAGUUUGACACUGAAGGAGAGGACGCAUCAGUUGUCACAAAAGGCGAAGUCUUUUCGGAAGGUAAAAAGAAGGUAAUAUGUGCAAAACAUUUUAGUGAACCGGUGAUUUCUUAAUAAUUUAAUCGAUUUUAAACAGGGACCGAUGCAUAUCGGUGAAUCGUUACAUCCCUACUGUAAGCAUGACAUCAUCAUGAGCUGUGCUGAGCGAGCGUGCUCCUCUGUAAUCAGUCAGGGCUGUGGGCUCCGGGGUGGGCCAGGGGUCAGGAAAUGUGUGUGAGGGCACGCCCAAUGCCCAGUCUAGAAAUAUCAGUGAAGGGGAUCACCAUAGCAUCAGAUGAUUAUAGGCACCGCAGAGUAGUAUCCAUUUUGAACUCAUUAAAAGAAAGGAAAAUAAUUAGAAUCAAAUGCUGCUGGAUUUAGACUUGGCUUUGGUUUGGACUAUGUUCUCUCUCUGAACCUCUUUCCCUCUCUUCUCUCUCUUCUUUCCAUCCCUCUCUCUCUGGCCUUGCCCUUUCCACUACGGGUUAGUGAAGUGCAGUAACCGGUGGUUCCACUCCCUCCCUCCAUCCCUCUCUCUCCUUCCCUCCCUCCAUCCCUCUCUCUCCUUCCCUCCCUCCAUCCCUCUCUCUCCUUCCCUCCCUCCAUCCCUCUCUCUCCAUCCCUCCCUCCCUCUCUCGUGUCUGAAUGGGGCCCUUUGCUUUCCAUAACAUAGGUUUCAUUCUGUAGCUAGAGGACUCCUGAUAUCUCCAGGAGUGAUAAGUAUAAUUAUUGUCUUCAUCUGUUGUUGUCUAGUACUGUCUUUUUGCUAGCUAGGGCCAUCUACUUUUAAGUACUGCCUGUUUUCCCAGUAGCCUACUUGGUGUGUGAACUGCUGACUGCUCAUAACUUGCAGAUGAUUGUCGACCAGGAUUAAGGGGCAGGGCAAUUUAACACUCGCAAUUGACUUUCUUCCCCACUUACUAGCUCUGACUUUGCUGAUAGCUUCUUUAUUGGAGGAAAAUGGACUUACUGUGAUAUGUGGUUGUCCCACCUAGCUAUCUUAAGAUGAAUGGACUAACUGUAAGUCGCUCUGGAUAAGAGUGUCUUCUAAAUGUCCAAAAUGUAAACGUGAAGGCCUGUCCAACCCCAUGCGUGUGGCAGGCUUUUGCGUGACCGAGUGGAGCAGACUGAAGAAGGGUGUGUGUGUCUCCCUCUCUGUGUCCAUGGGCCCAUGGAGCACCCGGGCAUGUCAGGUGUCACUGACAUCUGUGCAAAUGGGCCGUUGUUUAGCUGUGUGCUUCUCAGCUGGUACACACCCCACACUCUGUCACAAAAUGUUGUCACUAUGUUGAGCAAGCUUUCACACACAGGGGGUGGAUUAUUGCGAUUGCGGGGUUAACGUAAGGACUUAACAUUCCAAAAAUAUUGAACUUGUUAUUUUUUGUGUGUGGGGGGCCGGCAUGAGAAUGUUUUUGCUUAGUUGACAAAAGUAAUUGGAGCACGGACCUUGCAACAUUUUGACACGAGAUGUGGAUUCUUUAGUGGUGAGCUCAGGGCUUUGGUGUUUUGUCUUUUUCCCUCUCCUCUCUCAUUCUUUCCUCUCUCUCUCCUCCUUCCCCCUCAUUAAGCACUGUCCCUCUGUGCCCCCCCCCCCCCCGAACUCAGCCCAGCUGGAGAGAACAUAGUUUUUCGCCCAAACUGUGUGUGUGUGUGUGUGUGUGUGUCUCUGUGCGGUUUGUGUGUGUGUGUGUAAGCAACACAUCCUUCAGCACACCAGAGAAUUGGCUAAUCAAACUGGAACUUGCAUGCUUUUCUUCCUCAUCUCAUGUUCCUGCCUCUCUAUGUUUCAGAUGUUAGUUUUAGUGACCCCAAGUUUUCAUACGUUCCAGUUUUUUGGUCUGAUCUAUUUCGUCUUUGUCGCUUCUGUCACUAUAACCUUUUAUAUAAAUGGAUGAAUAACAUAACUCUCUUCUCUCUCUUCUCUCCUUCUUUCCAUCCCUCUCUUUCUCUCUCCUCCCCUCUCUUCAGAGAAGCGAUGCGGAAUUAUCUGAAGGAGCGAGGAGACCAAACUGUCCUGAUCCUGCACGCAAAAGUUGCACAGAAAUCUUAUGGCAACGAAAAAAGGUAACCCACCACCACUUAGCCUUCACACCACUUUCCAUACUAUCCCUAUUUCCCACAUACCUCACACAGUCCAUACCAAGAAAGGCAUGUUGAAGACUUCCCGGUUUCAAUUUAAGUCAUGGGUAAUUAGUAUGGACUAAAAAGCAGUAGAGAAAAAAGCUAAGCCACAUUCCAGUGUGUCUGUGUGUGACGUAGGUGUUUUGGCCCCUCCGGCUUUCAAUAUCCCACCGUGGGUCAGACGGGGAAAUGAGCAGUUAAGUUCUCUGCAGGGCACAUUCAGGUGAAGGCCAUAGAGAGACAGGGGUUAAGGGUGUAGGGGAGUAGGGGAGUAGGCCAUAGGAGGUUAAAAUGUAGAUGGCAGGGGAUGGUAGGGUUAGGCAGGAAAGGUACAUUCAUGCCCCCCAGACGUAGGGUUAAAGGGGGUAAUGAAUUGUGAGAAGUGGGUAAGAUGUUUCCUAGUCGUUGUAGGUUGGGUUAGAAUGGUUAGUAUAGAGUGUGUGUAGGGAGUAAUUCAGCUGUACUUGUGAAUAUGGUCAUCCUAGGUGAAGUAAAUCAACCAGAUGUAGGGAGUUAGACAGACUGAAAGGGUUUGAGCCCUGGCUGCCAUUACACCAGGACUAUCUCUUAGUAAAUCAGGAGCUCUCAGCCAACAGUGUGACACCUCCGAGGUUUGGAGCAUGAGAGAGGAGGAGCAGGUGUGUGUGAGUGUGUGUGUGUUAAAUAGAUGAAUUCCUCCACUCUCCGCUGUCCCCUCUGGUUAAAGUUACACUGACUGGGGCCCCGGGGUCAAGAUGUGAGGGAGGCCCAUUUUGGGGUCUGACCCGUUGUAGCAAUGCACCCUGGGAUACAUCAGACCUCCAGUCAUUCCAGUUUUCAUAAUCAGUCACAAAGCCAAAUAAACAGAACAUUUAUACAGGCCCCAUUCCCCUCAUCUACCACUUAUUCACUAACUAUUGGAGUGUAACUGUACUGUAAUUCAUCUGUUUAGUCUGUGUUUAGUCCCUAUGGUUCACUCACUGGAACAGGUCCAACUUCCAACAUGAGAAGUGCAUGCUAGUGGUGCAUGAAUAAUCACUGUUACACAAUCAUAUAGUCACACACACACACUUGUGAGUUAGGGUUUGAUUCUAAACAGACCGGCAUGUGUUUGGGUCAGCUCGCUGUGUGUGUGUCCCCUCUGUAUAAGGAAGAGCGUUGUGGACCUACCCAAUGUCCAAUACAUGGCAUAGCUGCAUGUGUGUGUUUACAGUCUGUGUGUGUUGAUACACAAAGGAGCUCUGAGCAUGAAUGAGUUGCAUGUGUGUGUGUGUAUUUGCAUGCACAGGGGUUUUCCUCAGAAAGCUCCCUCUCUUUAUCUCUUCUCUAUUGUAGGAGGUGAAAGUAGACAUCACUCUCACACAAACUUGUGUUAUGUGUCACUCACUUCCUCAUCAGACUAGACAGACAGUCUCAUUUGACAUAGUCAUAUCGAGAGCAACAUAGCUUGACCGACUUUCCUCUUUUCCCCAUAAGCUCCCACAAAUAAAGCACUUUGGUUUAGUUGAAGUCAUCUAAACUAAGUGUGGGGAAUUUCUUUCAAAAAUGGGUGAAUUUAUUAUAUUUUAGCAAACUAGUAAAAGUGUUGUUUUUGGCAUCUCAAUUUUUCCCUGACCUGCCUUGAUGAUAGGCUGGUACUGGCUAAAAUGCAAAUUCUUGUCAGAUUAUUAAAAAAACAUUUUUUAUUUAACUAGAUUACAGCCCCCCUUUAAAUCAAACAAAGUUUUACAGGAUUUAAGUAGAUGUUUUGCCAAGUUGUCGGUCAGUCAAACAAAUCCACUGACACCCUGGCUGAAACUUCAUUCCCAAUGCAAUGACUGCUACUGUAUUUUGAUACCACACUGCCAUCGAGUGGCAGAAAGUGAAACAUGCAGUAUGAAACAUGUAUUGACUGACUGCGUAGUUUCUAGGCUGUUCUAUCCUGUGUGUGUCUGAUAUGUUUGCGUAAAGUCAUCAUAGUAAUAAUUUGGUGUUUGUAUGUGAUGCCUGGGCAGUGGUGUGUAGUUAAAUUAUACUGAUGUCAUUGUGUGUGUGUGUGCAGGUUCUUCUGUCCUCCCCCGUGUGUGUACCUGAUGGGCUCUGGCUGGAAGAAAAAGAAGGACCAAAUGGAGAGAGACGGCUGCUCGGAGCAGGAGUCUCAGCCCUGUGCCUUCAUAGGGAUAGGAAACUCUGACCAGGAGAUGCAGCAACUCAACCUAGAGGGAAAGGUAGGGUACACACACACUUCUUUCCUUCACUUUUACCCCCCUCCCCCCCUCUAUCUCCUCUCUCUCUCUCUCUCUCUCUCUCUCUCUCUCUCUCUCUCUCUCUCUCUCUCUCUCUCUCUCUCUCUCUCUCUCUCUCUCUCUUAUUCAAACACGCUCACACACCACACACACACUACACUCCUACUCUUUCUGUUUCUCACCUUCUGUCUAUAAUUAUUUAAUAAUAAUAAGAAAUAAUAACUCUGUCACACACGCACACUCGUAUACACAUGCUCAAAACAGUACUCGUAUACACAUGCUCAAAACAGUACUCGUAUACACAUGCUCAAAACAGUGACUCACACUAUCUGACAACCAUUGCUCAAUAACCCUCUCACACACACACACUCGCACACCAAAGCAAUGACUAACUGGUACCUGCCAUUCCUAAAUGAGCCCAUCUUUCUCCCUCCUCUCGAUCCCUCCCCCUCAGAACUAUUGCACAGCCAAAACCUUGUACAUAUCAGACUCCGACAAGAGAAAGCACUUCAUGCUGUCCGUUAAGAUGUUUUACGGCAACAGCACAGACAUCGGCGUCUUCCUCAGCAAGAGAAUCAAAGUCAUCUCCAAGCCCUCCAAAAAGAAGCAGUCACUGAAGAACGCAGAUCGUGAGUCACACACAACACACAGGCGGACGCACACACACACUACACUCUACACACCAGAUCUGUGUUCAAAUACUAUUUAGGGUAUUUCAAGUAUUUUCAAAGACAUUUCUUUGGAAACACAUGUAGUUGAAUAUUGGAAUGUAUUUGGAAAUACACUUUUGCCAUUUAUUUGAACGUAAUCAAAUACACAGACAAGUGUAUUUUCAAGUACAAAUAUUGAAGUACUCCCAUGCAUUUGAACCCAGGUCUGUUUGGAAUUUGAAAUAGUGCAUUUAGAAAUAAGUAUUUGAAAAUAUACUGAACAAAAAUAUAAACACAACCAUUUCAAAGAUUUUACUGACUUACAGUUCAUAUAAGGAAAUCAGUCAACUGAAAUAAAUGUGUUAGGCCCUAAUCUAUGGAUUUAAAAUGACUGGGCAGGGGUGCAGCAAUGGUUGGGCCUGGGAGGGCAUAGGCCCACCCACUUAGCAGCCAGGCCCACCCACUGGCGAGGCAGGCCCAGCCAAUCAGAAUGAUAUUUUCCCCACAAAAGGGCUUUAUUACAGACCCCCCCCCAGACGAUCCCACAGGUGAAGAAGCCGGAUGUGGAGGUCCUGGGCUGGCGUGGUUACACAUGGUCUGUGGUUGUGAGGCCAGUUGGACGUACUGCCAAAUUCUCUAAAAUGACGUUGGAGACAGCUUAUGGUAGAGAAAUGAAUAUGACAUUUUCUGGCAACAGCUCUGGUGGACAUUUCAGCAGUCAGCUUGCCAAUUGCAUGCUCCCUCAAAACUUGAGACAUCUGUGGCAUUGUGUUGUGUGACAAAACUGCACAUUUUAAUGUGUCCCAGCACAAGGUGCACCUGUGUAAUGAUCAUGCUGUUUAAUCAGCUAAUUGAUAUGCCACACCUGUCAGGUGGAUGGGUUAUAUUGGCAAAGGAGAAAUGCUCACUAACAGGGACGUAAACAAAUUUGUGCACAAAAUCUGAGAGAAAUCAGCUUUUUAUGCAUAUGAGAAAUUUCUGGGGAAAUUUUUUUUCCAGCUCAUGAAACAUGGGACCAACACUUUACAUGUUGCGUUUAUAUUUUUGUUCAGUGUAGUUUUAAAUAGCCGGUGUAGUGUAUUAAGAUUAUGACUUUGCUAAUGUUUUCAAGUGGAACCUGAGAGGAUGUUUAUUUAGUUUCAGAGGGAGCCGUUUUAGCGUGACGCCCCAUAGAAGACAGGGAGUGUGUGUUGUAGACAGGGGAUUGGACAUUAGAGGGAGCCACCCAUAUUUUGGAGAAUAUUAUAAGUACUGGGUUUGAACAAAGAACAUUAGAGCAGACAUUGUAAUUUGGAAAACACUGCUCUCCGGAUGCUCUAGACAUCUGUAAACUUAUGCUGAAAUCUUGUGAUAUGAAUAAAACUUAGGAUCAAAGCUCAGUAUAAGCGGACUCCUUUGUUACAGCAUAAUUAGCAACAUUGACUCGAUACUACACCGGCUAUUUAUAGGAAACUAUUAGAAAAUACUUUCAAAUAUAAUUCGGGAAACAUUAUUUGAAAAUACUCAUACUAAGUAUUUAAAUAACAAAUAAAUCAAAUACGCAGGUAUGCUAUACAAACACAGUCUACAUGUCAAUACCACUCAUAAGGCCCUGGCAUCCUCCCCUCCUUCAGGUAAACAUUGAUCUAACAUGACUCGGUUAGUGAAAGAUGUAUAUUGGAAGCCUUAAUUUCACCUAUCCUAUCGUUGUACAUCAAGGAAGGGAGGAAGGACGGAGGCAUCUUUUGAAGUAUUCUAAACAAUGCUGAUCUCUACCCUUCACAAUGCCAUUAUUGCUCUUCAACCAAGUUUCUCUGUUUCCCAGUCUCGUCACUAGAGGGUGCUACAGCAACAAAAAAAACAGAUGACAACUGAGGCAUGAAAAUGACCCAAUGUUCAAUAUUGCCAAAUACCUGUAGUGUUUGUUUUGUGGCUGUUUUCUACCCUCUUAUCACCCAGUAAUUUCAUCUUGUGGUGAUGGGGACAUGUUCUGGGGUUGUUACGUUUUAGUGUGGUCUCUUUAUCUCUCUCUCUGUGUGUCUCUCCUACUGCAGUGUGUAUUGCAUCGGGGACCAAGGUGGCCCUGUUCAACCGGUUGCGGUCCCAGACGGUCAGCACGCGCUACCUACACGUGGAGGGGGGCAACUUUCAUGCCAGCUCCCAGCAAUGGGGUGCCUUCUACAUCCACCUGUGUGAGUCUCAUACACACACGCAAGCACGCGCACAAACACACACUCGUACAUGUAUACAAAGACACGCAUACAGUGGGGAAAAAAAGUAUUUAGUCAGCCACCAAUUGUGCAUGUUCUCCCACUUAAAAAGAUGAGAGAGGCCUGUAAUUUUCUUCAUAGGUACACGUCAACUAUGACAGACAAAAUUAGAAAAUAAAAUCCAGAAAAUCACAUUGUAGGAUUUUUAAUGAAUUUAUUUGCAAAUUAUGGUGGAAAAUAAGUAGUUGGUCAAUAACAAAAGUUUCUCAAUACUUUGUUAUAUACCCUUUGUUGGCAAUGACACAGGUCAAACGUUUUCUGUAAGUCUUCACAAGGUUUUCACACACUGUUGCUGGUAUUUUGGCCCAUUCCUCCAUGCAGAUCUCCUCUAGAGCAGUGAUGUUUUGGGGCUGUCGCUGGGCAACACGGACUUUCAACUCCCUCCAAAGAUUUUCUAUGGGGUUGAGAUCUGGAGACUGGCUAGGCCACUCCAGGACCUUGAAAUGCUUCUUACGAAGCCACUCCUUCGUUGCCCGGGCGGUGUGUUUGGGAUCAUUGUCAUGCUGAAAGACCCAGCCACGUUUCAUCUUCAAUGCCCUUGCUGAUGGAAGGAGGUUUUCACUCAAAAUCUCACGAUACAUGGCCCCAUUCAUUCUUUCCUUUACACGGAUCAGUCGUCCUGGUCCCUUUGCAGAAAAACAGUCCCAAAGCAUGAUGUUUCCACCCCCAUGCUUCACAGUAGGUAUGGUCUAUUUGUAAGUCGCUCUGGAUAAGAGCGUCUGCUAAAUGACGUAAAUGUAAAUGUAAUGUAAAUGUGUUCUUUGGAUGCAACUCAGCAUUCUUUGUCCUUCAAACACGACGAGUUGAGUUUUUACCAAAAAGUUAUAUUUUGGUUUCAUCUGACCAUAUGACAUUCUCCCAAUCCUCUUCUGGAUCAUCCAAAUGCACUCUAGCAAACUUCAGACGGGCCUGGACAUGUACUGGCUUAAGCAGGGGGACACGUCUGGCACUGCAGGAUUUGAGUCCCUGGCGGCGUAGUGUGUUACUGAUGGUAGGCUUUGUUACUUUGGUCCCAGCUCUCUGCAGGUCAUUCACUAGGUCCCCCUGUGUGGUUCUGGGAUUUUUGCUCACCGUUCUUGUGAUCAUUUUGACCCCACGGGGUGAGAUCUUGCGUGGAGCCCCAGAUCGAGGGAGAUUAUCAGUGGUCUUGAAUGUCUUCCAUUUCCUAAAAAUUGCUCCCACAGUUGAUUUCUUCAAACCAAACUGCUUACCUAUUGCAGAUUCAGUCUUCCCAGCCUGCUGCAGGUCUACAAUUUUGUUUCUGGUGUCCUUUGACAGCUCUUUGGUCUUGGCCAUAGUGGAGUUUGGAGUGUGACUGUUUGAGGUUGUGGACAGGUGUCUUUUAUACUGAUAACAAGUUCAAACAGGUGCCAUUAAUACAGGUAACGAGUGGAGGACAGAGGAGCCUCUUAAAGAAGUUACAGGUCUGUGAGAGCCAGAAAUCUUGCUUGUUUGUAGGUGACCAAAUACUUAUUUUCCACCAUAAUUUGCAAAUAAAUUCAUAAAAAAUCCUACAAUGUGAUUUUCUGGAUUUUUUUCCCUCAAUUUGUCUGUCAUAGUUGACGUGUACCUAUGAUGAAAAUUACAGCCCUCUCUCAUCUUUUUAAGUGGGAGAACUUGCACAAUUGGUGGCUGACUAAAUACUUUUUUUCCCCACUGUACAAGUGCACACACACAAACACACACACCUCUUGUAUACUCACGUUUCUCACACACACUCAAUUCUUAAUUAAUCCUAUACACACACACACACACACACACUGACCAGACAUACAUUUACUGUAGCCUGAAUUGAAUGUUGUGUGACCGUAUCUCAUGUGUUGUGUUUCCCAGUGGAUGACGAGGAGUCCGAAGGAGAGGAGUUCACUGUGAGAGACGGCUACAUCCACUAUGGACAGACGGUCAAACUGGUCUGCUCUGUCACCGGGAUGGCCCUGCCACGACUGGUACUACCCACCACUUCUUUCUCCUUUCCUUUGGUUUCUCACCCCUCACCUCUUUCAAUUCUUCUCACAGAACUCUUUUUUAAUUUUAAUUUUAUUGUAUAUAUUUUGUUUUUAUGCAUGUCAAACUGUCUCUUUCUGUCGUUAUUACUGACACACACUCACAUUGAUGAAAGUUGCCAGUUGAUGUCUUGAUGUGAUUUGUACACUGCUGCUCCGACAACUAAACACCAUCCUCUCUGUGUGGCUCAGAUCAUCCGUAAAGUGGACAAGCAGACGGCCCUGCUGGAUGCAGACGACCCCGUCUCCCAGCUCCACAAGUGUGCCUUCUACCUGAAAGACACAGAGCGCAUGUACCUGUGCCUUUCCCAAGAGAGGAUUAUCCAGUUUCAAGUGAGUGAGACUACCUCCCAAUACAACUUCCAAUUCAAUUUAGUCGCAACAUUCUACUCAAACUAGACACUACCAUCCGCCAUCAUUUUCACAUUGACCCCAUACUUGCAGUUACCAAUCAGAAUGACCUUUUAGGAAAAGUCUACCUGGAUGGUGACCAUUAGUUAAUUCCUACAAUAAUGCCUGAUUUGCAAUCUUCAAAUUGAACAUUGUUGAUCAGAUCCCAACUGAAAAAGGCGGACAAAGCUUGUCGGUGCUCUGUGCUGGUCCCCUUUGCUCAAAUAGGUCACAGCCUUUGUUUUGCUAAGAGAUUAUUAUUGCUUUAUGAUUCCAUCUCAGGGAGAUUACAGAUUAGAGGGAUCCUUAUCCUCUAACUGAGUUAAUAUAACGUUAAGGUGACCCGUAGUAGGUCCCUCGCUUAGGUGUUAUCUCUCAAUCCAACUCUACAUCAGAGAUCGUCAUAGAAACAACAACUAAACCAGGAUACAUCUUCGGUCAUAACAAACACAUCUAUAUUCAUUUAUCUAUAUCUGCAUCUGACGAUCAAGCGCUACUGGCUCCCUUUAACGUGUGUGUGUGUGUGUCUGCCUCCCCCAGGCCACUCCAUGCCCAAAGGAACCAAACAAAGAGAUGAUCAACGACGGAGCGUCCUGGACAAUCAUCAGCACGGACAAGGCUGAGUACACCUUCUACGAGGGCAUGGGCCCCGUCCACUCGCCUGUCACCCCCGUGCCUGUGGUCGAGAGUUUACAGGUUAGAAAGGGACAUGCACGCACACACACACACAUAUGGACGGAUGGACACACACACACACACACACACACGGAUGCACACACACACACACACACUCCAUUCCUAUCAUAAACAACUAUUUGUUCCUCUCGCAGUGCUCCAAAAAUAUUUGUACACACAUUCGUCAUUUAGACCCUUCACGCCAUUCCAUCUCCAUCUCUUUCUCCGCCAAGAAGACAUAAACAUUUAGACUUGUUGUAUUUGUGUGUUUGUGUAGCUAAACGGUGGAGGGGAUGUGGCCAUGCUGGAAUUGACCGGACAGAACUUCACUCCAAACCUGAGGGUCUGGUUCGGAGACGUCGAGGCAGAGACCAUGUACAGGUACCGACACACCUCACUGCUCCUUUCAAGUCUGGGCUAUCUCAAUACUAGGGUUGCAAAAUUCCGGUAACUUUCCCCAAAUUUUCAGAAACACUUGAAGUCCAACUGAAACUGCUACUAACGAUUAAUGAGCUUUAUCCAUGAGAUAUAUGUUUCUGAAAAAGGAACGAGGAUGUCCCGAUUCAGUCUGACCUCGUUAGUCAUUAGAAGCUCUAAAAGACUACCACUUCGACAAACCAGGGGACAGCUUACAUUGGCCAGCUUACAUAAUAAUGCCAUCUUACAUUUGGUUUAUCUUUGAUCCAAGUCAAAGCAAUGUUUUGGGCUAAUCUGUACGAACUGAACAAAACUGAAUUUAAUUUAGGCUCAGAUAUUGGCAGUUUCAAAGUACACCCUUCACGCUAUGCCAAACAUCCCCAAAAGUACUUUUUCCUUUUCAUGUAGAAUUUUAUAGAUGAAUUAGCCACCCAGUGUUAAUGGCUGUCACCCAUGAAGGUAGAGUCUUUAGAACAGGUGAAAGAGCUCUAUGGUUACCCUGUGAUAAACAGCAGGGGUCCUGUAUAACUAUCAGUGUGUCAUUCAUCCUGGUUGUUAAACGCUACUGGGAGAAGCUGUGAGUGAAAUGUUGAGGUGGUUGUCAGCUGCAGGAUGGUGUGUAAGUGGUCCUAAUGUAGACUGAGAACGCCACGGUCCCUAUUUGUGUGAGAUGUGUGUAUCAUGGGAGGUUUUACAAGGCUGUUUUUGUACAAGAUCUGAGGCGCAGCACAGACACCAUGUAAGGCAUGAGGGAAUAUAUGGGCCUCUCAUAGUGCUUGAUGGAUGCAUGUUAUCAUUGGUAUACUUAAGUCAUUCAAAUCCGUCCCGAAGGACCAUGAAAGAUAAUACUCAACCGACAUGUUAAUUGUCAACUGACAUGGGAUCAUUGCAUUACCUACCUUUUGUUUGUCUUUGGUCUACACUGAGGUCAGCACAGAGUGAGAGAGUCAACCCAAAUAGAAUUGUCUAGAGAGCUGAAACCCUCUCUGACUCUUUCUCUCUCUACCUCCACCUGCAGGUGUGCGGAGAGCAUGCUGUGCGUGGUGCCCGACAUCUCGGCCUUCCGCGAGGGAUGGCGCUGGGUGCGGCAGCCGGUGCAGGUGCCCGUCACGCUGGUGCGAAACGAUGGCAUCAUCUACUCCACCACACUCACCUUCACCUACACGCCGGAGCCCGGGCCGCGGCCACACUGCAACGCCGCCGGAGCCAUCCUGCGGGCGGGCAGCGACCGCCUGCUAACGGCUAGCAGCAACAGCGCUAACAACAGCGACGCUAACAACACCUACGGCCCCAGCGCAGGAGUCACAUCCUCUUCCACGGCCGCCACUGUGGUGUCCUAA